AUGUGGGCUCCCCUGGACCUCUCUGUAGUAGGGUCCAGUCUUUUCAUUUCAGUGUCACUUACCUUUGCAGCUGUUAUCUUCUUCUUUACCUUCUACUCAUUCUCUGAAGAAAAAGAAGAGCAACCAGGUUAGUGUAGAUUCGUGUUCUAGAUUUUUAUUUUUAAUUUGCCUCAUAAAACAUCUUAGGACUUUAGAACACCACAAAUAGAAUCUUACCGCUCGGUGGAAGAGCCAAGGCUGGUUCAAAUCUCUGUUUAGCCAAGAAGAAUACUAGGUGGCCUGGUGCCUAUAUCUACUUCACACUUCAGGAAGAGCUUGAUAGAAGUUUAUAUGUGUGUAUCCUUGGCUAGUGCAUGAGGAAAUCUUAAAAAUAAAAAAGUCACAGCCACUAGUAGGAUUAUGAGCUUUCCAGAGUGGAUAAAAAGCGUCACAGUCUGCCCAUUAGGUGAUGCUUGAAAUUGUAGCUUGCUUUGUAAAGCUGUGCAGGAGAACGCUGUCCUGGCAAUUUUUAUGAAUGUAAAAUGAGACGGUAAGGUAUUGUAGUAUUUUUCGCUCUAUAAGACGCACCAGACCACAAGACGCACCUAGUUUUUGGAGGAGGAAAACAAGAAAAAAAAUAUUAUGAAUCUCAUAAGCCAGAACAGCAAGAGAGAUCGCUGCGCAGUGAAAGCAGUGAUCCCUCUUGCUGUUCUGGCUUCUGGGAUAGCUGCGCAGCCUGCAUUCGCUCCAUAAGACGCACACACAUUUCCCCUUACUUUUUAGGAGGGAAAAAGUGAGUCUUAUAGAGCAAAAAAUACGGUACCUCUUUGUUUCCGUUGCGAUUCCCCUACUCUGCUUGUUUUUUUUAAAUUCUGUUGCUGUGUCUUAGCAAAUGCCUUGGUAGCAGUACAGUGGCACCUCGGGUUAAGAACUUAAUUUGUUCCGGAGGUCCGUUCUUAACCUGAAACUGUUCUUAACCUGAAGCACCACUUUAGCUAAUGGGGCCUCCCACUGCUGCCACGCUGCCGCUGCGCGAUUUCUGUUCUCAUCCUGAAGCAAAGUUCUUAAUCUGAAGGACUAUUUCUGGGUUAGUGGAGGCUGUAACCUGAAGCGUAUGUAACCUGAAGCGUAUUUAACCCGAGGUACCACUGUAUGAGUUAAUUCAAGCAGGGAUACAACGCCAGGCUUGUGGGUAGAACCGAUCCUUCUAAAACACACACACACACACACACACACACACGGUAAAGAGAUAGCAGGCAGAUGUCAGUUGACAAUUUCUUCACUUAGCGAAAAAAAAGAAAAAAAUUCAAAGCUUGCAUAUGGUUUCCUCUUGUUCUUUGGACCAAGAUUGUCAGCUCAACGUUCUUCCUAGAAUAGUUCCAACAACUCUGCCUCUCAAGAAGAAACCACGAUCCUUCCCCAGUCUUCACUGGAGAAUGCAAAGGAGUUAGAUCCAAUUUUAAGAAGAAGGAAGAAGAGUUUGGAUUUGAUAUCCCGCCUUUCACUCCCCUUCAGGAGUCUCAAAGUGGCUAACAUUCUCCUUUCCCUUCCUCCCCCACCACAAACACUCUGUGAGGUGAGUGGGGCUGAGAGACUUCAAAGAAGUGUGACUAGCCCAAGGUCACCCAGCAGCUGCAUGUGGAGGAGCGGAGACGCGAACCCGGUUCACCAGAUUACGAGUCUACCACUCUUAACCACUACACCACACUGGCUCUUAAGUGAAACUUAAUGUUGAAGUGGGCUGUGCAAGAGUUUCAGAGGAGAAUACACCCCGUAGUUUUCAUUCAGAGGUUGACGUCUCCAGGGGUUCUGAGUUAGCUCUUUAAGUCAUGAUUCAGUAGCAACUGACCCAUUCUCUGUUUCUAGGGUGCGGAGACUUUUUCAUCCCAAAGACCACUACUUUCCUCCUGGGCAACUUUUAGGGGUCCACAUGCCAGCAAAGGCAAAAACAGGAAGCACAACGAAUGUAAAUUUCACCUUUGUUUCACAAGUUUCGACACGCCAUCCCCCAACCAGGCCAGCAAGAAGCAUCAGAAUUCAAGGAAAACUUUGCAGCCAGAUGAGAAGGCUUAAGGAGGGUGCAAAGUAUGGCUAGGCUAGGCCUCUGCAGAGUCCCAAGGGCUACAUUUCCCUAGUCUUGCUCUACUUUUACUCCAGUGUCAUAUGGCCUUCAUCCUACCCAUUGCCAUUGAUGAGGUUCCAUGGACUGGAUCACACCACUGUUCCAUCUAGCUCAUCAUUGUAACAGUGGUUCUGAUUGGCAUUUCCAGGGGACCACCCAACGUCUGAAUUUGGAAUUCUUAAUACAUUUUUUAAUAAAAGUUCAGUGAUCAACAGCUCCGUAAAGAUAAAGCGACCCCUGACCAUUAGGUCCAGUCGUGGCCAACUCUGGGGUUGCGGCGCUCAUCUUGCUUUACUGGCUGAGGGAGCCGGCAUACAGCUUCUGGGUCAUGUGGCCAGCAUGACUAAGCCGCUUCUAGCAAACCAGAGCAGCGCACGGAAACGCCGCUUACCUCCCCGCUGGAGCAGUACCUAUUUAUCUACUUGCACUUUGACAUGCUUUCAAACUGCUAGGUUGGCAGGAGCAGGGACCGAGCAAUGGGAGUUCACCCCGUCGCGGGGAUUCGAACCGCCAACCUUCUGAGCGGCAAGUCCUAGGCUCUGUGGUUUAACCCACAGCGCCAACAGCUCCUUACCAAGCUAGAAACAGACUUAACCGCCGGGGUAGAAGACCUGUCACCUUCCUGACUUUGUUGAACUCUCAACUUGCAUCAACCCCAACCAGCAUGGUCAAUGGUCAGGGCUGAUGGGAGUUGUGGUCCAGCAACACCUGAAGAGCCAAAGCUUGCCCACCCCUGCGCUCUCUACGGAUGACCCAAGAUCCCAAGAAACCAGCCAUUCUACAUAAAUGUAUGCCCUUUGGUUUAAGGAUUAGGAGGUAUGAACAGGUGAGUUGUGAUUGGCAGAUAGAAGAGAGGUUUUUCCAUGCUUGUCACUAAACCAGGGUUUCCCAAACUUGGGUCUCCCCUUGUUUUUGGACUAUAACUCCCAUCAUGCCCUGCUAGCAGGACCCAGAGGUCAGGGAUGAUGGGAAUUGUGGUCCAAAAACAGGUGGAGACCCAAGUUUGGAAAAGGCUGCACUAAGUGAAAGUUCAAAGUCGCUGUACAUUUGGUUUGGGCAUGCUUUGUCAUACACUAAGCAACAGAUUCUCCUUGCUCUUGACUAACCACACUUCACCAGUUUGCCAUAGCGACGGGUUCAUGAGAAUAAAUGUUACUGAACAGAAAUGGCAGAUCACACAGGGUAUUACAGCUAGCGGACUCUGUAUCGGUGGUUGCACUCUGCUUCUUGUCAACUUUACAUCAAUUGAGUUAGCCUCCAGAGCUUUAGAGGGCUGAUCUACAAAGCCGUCGACUUAUGCCAGGCUCUCUUGUAAUCCCAGGAAGGAAUUGAUAAGAUGAUACUGAAUUAAGAAAAUGCUAGAGGAGGACGCUAGCAGCUAUGGCAAGAUAAACCAUAUUUCCUGUUUGGAGAAGCCUUUAAAAGUCCACAAAACAAUAACAGUUUGCCUGUCUGCAGAUGCCUAUUUACAUUAAUAAUAAUGUGUGGUACAUUAAAGUUUGGAGUGAGAGGAAAGGAACAAACUCCAGUUUAUGCAAGUUCCUUUGCUUGGUCGAUUACAGGGGAAUCUUGCUUGCCACAGGCAGCCAGGUGAAUGUCGAUUUACAAACCUGCUUCAAAAGUUCCGUCAACAAGGACAACCCCUCGAUUACAGCCGAAACAUCUUUCCUUGCAGUCGCUUUGUAUUUAACUGUAAUAGAACCCUGUAUUAAUAAUGUGGACUUCUUUUUAAAAUGCUGGUUUCUUUACAAGAUUUAUAUUACACCCCUCUCUCUCAUGCUUUCAGGGACAGUCCAUUCUCAUUUGUGUUGCAUCAAUACUUGGAACAGAUUUGCUAGUGAAAGAGGACUUCCUCUUCCUCUCCAGCCGUCCCCGUCCCCCCAUAUUCUCCAAAGAGUUGGGGAGACCCCCUGGAACAGAUUUCAGGGGGCUGCAAGAAGGAAGGAAGGGUAAUUCUAAUUUGUGCAAUAUUUGAUAUCAUCCUCUGAGUUUAAGAAGAUGCCAUGCUACCCAUCUUUUUGUUGAAAAAUCCAUCUGUUGAGAUCAGUAUUUUGCAAAUGUUUAAUACCAGAGGGGCACCGUUUUUCUCUCUACCCACCCGUAUUUAAAAUUGGAGUCACUCUUUAUUCUUACGCUGAAGUAGGUAUACAGUGGUACCUUGGUAGUCAAACGGCUUGUCUCCCAAACAAAUUGGCUCCUGAACGUCGCAAACCCAGAAGUGAGUGUUCUGGCUUGUGAUUGUUUUUUGGAAGCCGAACGUCCGACGCGGCUUCUGCGGCUUCCGAUUGAGUGCAGGAAGCUCCUGCAGCCAAUCAGAAGCUGUAUAGUGGUACCUCAGGUUAAGUACUUAAUUUGUUCCGGACGUCCGUUCUUAACCUGAAACUAUUAUUAACCUGAAGCACUACUUUAGCUAAUGGGGCCUCCAGCUGCUGCCGCGCCGCCGAAGCACGAUCUCUGUUCUCAUCCUGAAGCAAAGUUCUUAACCCAAGAUAAUAUUUCUGGGUUAGCGGAAUCUGUAACCUGAAGCAUAUGUAACCCGAGGUACCACUGUACCUUGGUUUUUGAACCAUUUUGGGAGUCAAACGGACUCCUGGAACAGAUUAAAUUUGAGAACCAAGGUACCACUGUAUCCAUUUCAGUGUAAGAUUUUUUUUUUUAAAAAAAAAGGUCCCCAGAGCAAUAGGAAAUUGUCUUCAUUGCAAGUGCAUUCAGCUAAUAUCACUUAGUAUCUCACACUCAGUAAGGCUCAAGGUUUGGAAUGAGUUUUUCUGGGCAAUGCUGCUGCUUUGGUUUCCUUUUCACUUGGGAGCUGUAGCACUGGCUGUAUUGAGAAAUCCCAGUGCAAAUUUACUUCUUCCCUUAAGGUGAUGGUAUACUCCAUACAUUGACAGAGUGAAAGGCUGAUCAGUGUGCCAAGGGGCUUCUCUGUUUUGACCGAAAAUGUUUUGAGUGCAGUUCAAACCCUCUUGUGAUGCACUAGUGCACCGUGCAACACAAUUUCAGAAACACAAGCCUAGAUGUUCAUCCUUUGGUUCAAUUAAGCUGCUAGCCCUACAAAUGGAAAUCCGAAAGCUCAAUUUGCACUGCAUCCAGAAGGUGGCAGCAAUGUUCCUCCUUCAUUUUAAUUUGUGACCAGAGGGGUUUCAACUGAAUGGGCAGCAUUGCCCUCAUGUAGUUAUAAUUUGGUUUCUCCAAAUAUAUACCUAGAUUGUAAGAAUUUACUAGACCAUAGUGCAAGGUGGCAACGUUAGGGGUUAGAAGCAGGUUGAUUGGGCUUUUUGCCGGCAAACACAAAAUUAAAUCUUGGAAUACUACCGAUCGGAGCAGUAGAAGAAAGGCAGAGGUCAUUGUGCACUUAGCCAUAUGCAGAGUAAUUCAGAUUAAAUUCCAAAUGCAAGCCAAUUAAGUUUCUUCUAGGUAACGGUGUAAGUGUGAAAACAGCCAACCUUCAUAAUUUUGAAACUCGGGAACCUUAAUUUCACCACACUGAUAAGGUAUGAAAAGAGUGGCACAAGUCAAGUGCAAAUGUUCUUUCAUCUCACAAUUCAGUUAUGUUUGAUUUGUUAGAAGCAAAUCACCAGAAUUACAAUUUAUUGCAUGCCUUUCACCCUAAGGUCCCAGGGCAGGUUCCAACAAUUCUUCUGAACAUCAGCAAAUAGUUUACUGGAGAGAAUCUCCCCGAACCCUGUACAGUCGUACCUUGGUUGAGGAACGGCUUAGUUUCCGAACGUUUCGACUCCCAAAUAAUCAAAAACUGGAAAUGAGUAUUCCGGUUUUCGAAUGGUUUUCGGAAGCCGGAUGUCUGGCGCGGCUUCCGAUUGACUGGAGGAGCUUCCUGCAGUCAAUUGGAAGCUGCACUUUGGUUUCCAAACAUUUUGGAAGUCGAACGGACUUCCGGAACCGAUUCCAUUUGACUUCCAAGGUACGACUGUAUUAGUUUGCUCUAUUUGCAAACAGCAACAGAGAAGGGAGCGUUGGUGUUGCCUUACUUUUACAAAAUAAGAAGAGGCAGGGGAGUUGUUAUUGGAGGCUUAGUGUAGGAGUAGAGGCAGAGAACCUAGCAGUUUGAAAGCAUGUCAGAGUGCAAGUAGAUAAAUAGGUACCACUCUGGCUGGAAGGCUUAGUCAUGCUGGCCACAUGACCUGGAAGCUGUACGCUGGCACCCUCGGCCAAUAAAGCGAGAUGAGCGCCGCAACCCCAGAGUCGUUCACAACUGGACCUAACUGUCAGGGGUCCCUUUACCUUUAGGGGCAGAGAACUCUGCAAAAUGAAGAAGAAAACUCCCCAUAUUAAUGCCAGUUUCUUUUUAGCCUCAGCUCUUAUAACAGAUAUUGCCUUUAUCUUUUAUGCUGCUACCAUGCGAGCUAGAGCCAUGCAAUUUAGGAGCUUACCAGAUGCACUAGAGGCCAAAUUCUGCCUUAUGGUAUGCUAGUGUCCUAAGAGUGCAAGUGAGCCAGCUCUUGCUCAGUGUCUUUACAAUGAGGAUAGAUUUGGCUUUCUAAGUGACAUGUUUUCAUUCAGGUCAAUGACUCCCAAGCUGUGUUGCAGAGCAUACUAGCUAACAUGGUGUGCUCAGAAUGAGCAUUGCGUGUGGAAGCCUUUGGCCCAGUCUCUUGUCAAACAACAAGUCAUCAGCCUAGUGGUUGCGACCUGGAAAGCAAGUCGUGUUGGUUUCCUAGCAAUGUCACUGUGAACCUUCCAUGCCAGGUGCCUGUAGAGUUAUGUGGGAAAGGUACCAACUGCAAUCAUCAUCAACCUCUAUUACAGUCCAGAGACCCAACAAAUCGUUACAAAGCAAUACACAAUUCAUACAGCCUACCUGCGGGUUAAAUAAGCAUUUUAUUCAGAAUAUAGGGAUCAUUGGUUCUUGCAACCACCGAUAAAAACUUGGCCACUGCUAAUGUUCUAGCCUUCCAAUAAGAACCUGACAUAGUGAGCCUCUGAUUUUCCCGGGAAGGGUACCAGCAAGGGUAAUAUCAGUUCAGCCCUGGCUUGCUCAUAUUUUGCACAGUGCAACAAAAUAUGUUUUAUGGAAUUGAUGUCUUGAGCACACGAGCAAAGUCUGUCCUGGUAGGGAACACCUCUCAACCUGCCAUCCAACACUGCAGAAGGAAAGACGUUUAGUCUGGCUUUGGUGAAAAGCCUUCGAUAAUUUGGUACCGUCAGGUUUUUAAUGUAAGAUGUUAACUUAAAGACCAACUGCAAUCAUGGAGUAGUCUUCUUUAGACACGGCAUCUUUAUUUGGGAUGUGCUAGGUAAUAAAACUCAAAUAGGACUGAGGCACGCAGUUGCUACAUGCUACCUGCAUUCCCCUUUUUCUGUUAAAGUAAAUACAUUUAAGCAGUGCAUCCUGGGAGAUACAGAUGGGCACUAUCCCUGACACACUGUGAGCGUGGGGAGGAAUUGUACCAGCAAAGUACAAAAUCCCAGUUCCACUACAAGGUAAGCUCUGCUGCUAAGAGGCUUCGCUUAACUUUUGUUGUUUUUUAAGAUGUGCAGCGGCAAACUUGCAGAGCCACUGAAAGCUCAACUGUACCAUCCAUCUGCAGACAUUUCUUCUUCAUUAAUUUGUAUCCCACCUUUCCAUACAGCUUCCAUUCCCCGAAUAUGCAGAAUAAGAUGUUUUCCAGAAAGUUAAAAUACCUGCAAAAUAUGCCCAUUUGUAUAUUGCUAUAAAAUAUCUGAGCUCCCUGUUCUUGGGGUAAAGGUAAAGGUAAAGGGACCCCUGACCAUUAGGUCCAGUCGUGACCGACUCGGGUUGCGGCGCUUAUCUCGCUUUACUGGCCGAGGGAGCCAGCGUACAGCUUCCGGGUCAUGUGGCCAGCAUAACUAAGCCGCUUCUGGCGAACCAGAGCAGUGCAUGGAAACGCCGUUUACCUUCCCGCCGGAGCGGUAUCUAUUUAUCUCCAGUGGUGCCUCGCAAGACGAAAUUAAUCCGUUCCGCGAGUCUCUUCGUCUAGCGGUUUUUUCGUCUUGUGAAGCAACCCUAUUAGCGGAUUAGCGCUAUUAGUGGUUUAGCGGCUAUUAAAGGCUUAGCGGCUUAGUGGCUAAAAGGCUAUUAGCAGCUUAGCGGCUUAGAAAAAGGGGGGGGAAGCGGGGGAAAACCUCAAGACUCGCAAGACAUUUUUGUCUUGCGAAGCAAGCCCAUAGGGAAAUUUGUCCUGCGAAGCGCAUCGAAAAACGGAAAACCCUUUCAUCUAGCAGGUUUUUCGUCUUGCGAGGCAUUCGUCUUGCGGGGCACCACUGUACUUGCAGUUUGACGUGCUUUUGAACUGCUAGGUUGGCAGGAGCAGGGACCGAGCAAUGGGAGCUCACCUUGUUGCGGGGAUUCGAGCCGCCGACCUUCUGAUUGGCAAGCCCUAAGCUUUGUGGUUUAACCCACAGCGCCACCCGCAAACCGCGUUCUUGGGGUAGUUAUAUUUAAAAGGUGGAGUGCAUGUUGUCAGGUUGCAUGUGUACAUAUUUCUACAUAAACACAUGGAAGAUUUUGAUUUGGGUUUCUUAAUUAUUAUUAUUUUCUAAUUUUAAAAAUCAAGAUGAAACAAAAGCCUCUGCUUUGGGUCCAACACUAUCAUUAGGCAGAGUAAAGCAAUCACUUCAGGUGGCUGCUGUGAAGGCCAGGGGCAGAGAGAGUGUAGGCAAAGAGUUGGGAGGAUGGAUAUGUCUGUGCCACACACAUUGCCCAUCAACAAGCCCUCAGUUUGUGGUGGCUAGGGGACACUGCCAGUGUUUGUGUAAGAUUCAACUCCUUCUUACAUGGAAUGAAGGAGGGUCCCAUCUUGUCCCUCACCUCAAACUGCAAAAUGUCUGAAAUUACAAUUCUAUAAAUCACAAAUUAACAGUGCUGGUUUUUAAGUAUUUCCAACCGAAUCAUUUAACUUAGCUUUUGAAAUAUUCAUGUAAAUAAAUAGCUUUGUAAUGAGUUGGCUCCUUUGCAAUCUGUGGAUUCAUUCCUGCAAAGUUCAUUAUCUGGUGCCCAGAUUCAAAGAGCUUGCAAAUUCUACAAAGAAGUUAAGUGCAGGGAACAAGAAGGAAUAAUUCCUCAUCGUAUGAUUUCAUAAUAACCUGCUUAUUGAUCCCAAAGUAAUGGAGGGCAUCUAUUUGUGAACAUGACAGAAAUCCUUUUUCAAUGCCAGUGCUCUGUAAACGAGUUUGACCUAGAUGUGCAUUCAUUUCCCUGCAUGGUUUAUUUGUAUUUGUAAAGCUGUCGCUGUUCAACUUUGGUUUUCCAAAGCCUGUUUGGAGAAGACAUAGGAUGAUAUUCAACCAAAUUUCACUCAGAUCCGUUGAAGUGAAUGGGUCCCUCAGUCAUGUUCAUUCAUUUCAGUGAGUGUACUCAUGAGUAAAACUUAAUUGAAUACCACCCAUAAUUUCAAACCACCACCCCUGGAACAAUUUUUAUUUAAUCUUUUGGUGAAACUUGAUUGUAAGGUUGUUGCACUUGGAUUUCCAAAGCAUUUUAUUCUGCUGAUUACUGAGCAGUAACAGAUCCUCCUAGUGUCCCUAUUUUCCAGGGACAGUCCCGAAUUUACAGAAGCCAAUCCUGGUUUCUGAUUUGAUCCCGGAACGCCCUGCUUUUCCUUAGAAUGUCCCUAUUUUCAUCGGAGAAAUAUUGGAGAGUAUGAUGUUACACUGCAAUCCUAUACAGGCCUACAUAAAUCCAAUUGAGUUCAAUGGGGCUUACUCCCAGGUAAAUGUUUUGAGGAUUACUACCUGGAGGUUGUAAGGGAUGUGGGUGGCGCUGUGGGUUAAACCACAGAGCCUAGGACUUGCCGAUCAGAAGGUUGGCGGUUCGAAUCCCCGCGACGGGAUGAGCUCCCUGCCAACCUAGCAGUUCAAAAGCACGUCAAAGUGCAAGUAGAUAAAUAGGUACCGCUCCGGCGGGAAGGUAAACGGCGUUUCCGUGUGCUGCUCUGGUUCGCCAGAAGUGGCUUAGUCAUGCUGGCCACAUGACCUGGAAGCUGUACGCCGGCUCCCUCGGCCAAUAAAGCGAGAUGAGCACCGCAACCCCAGAGUCAGCCACGACUGGACCUAAUGGUCAGGGGUAGUUUUACCUUUACCUGGAGGUUGUAGUCAACUCACUCUUAUUCAUAGUAGACCCAUUAAAAUCAAUGGUCUUAAGUUAGUCCUGGCCAUUAAUGUCAGUGAGUCUGCUCCAAGUCAAAGUUAAGUAUACAACUCGGAGCCUCUUUUUAAAAUCUUACCUAUGUUCUCUCCCUACUUUGAAGCCACCAAAACCCUCAAAACAGUGGUUGGUACCUGUAGCCUGACAUUUCCGCUGUCCAUUGGUACUCGUGACAGCUGGCCAUGUGCCCUUUAGGAUUAGGUGUGGCUGACGCUGCAUUGGAGAUCAUUUACAGGCUGACAUUUCCACUUGUCAUUUAUUGGAGAGUGGGCGGGGUGUCAACUUUGAAAGGCAACGGCAGAGGGCUACAAGGAGCACUCCGGACCCGGCUGUGGCCCCUGUGGCAGGACAAGGAGGCACCGAAGACCAAGGGCAUUUCCCCCAUCUUUAAGAAACUCUUCUUGUUGACUUUCCAGCCCGGAGAAUGUCGCACACAAUGGUAAAACAUGAGCACGCUGACAAGAUGGGGAUUGGCAAGGCCAUCGCCGUGUUGACAUCUGGAGGAGAUGCCCAGGGUAAGUGGACUGGUUUCUGGUGUGUGUGUGUGUGUGUGUGUUGUAGUGUUGGGGGUUUCCCUUUGUGGUCUGAGAAGCUAAUGACAAAAAAGCCAAUAGGCAGAAGUCACCAGGAAAGGGCUUUCAUGUCUGGGCACUUUUUAGCAUCCAGAUUUUCCCUACCCUAAACUUGGUAAGAUAACUCAAGUGGAACUGGUCUCGGUUGCAAAUUGUAACAGGUAAAUGUCUUUCCUUCAUCCUGCCCUGCUUUGUGCAUUUCCAGAAGCAUCUAACUGGCCAUUGUUUGAAGCCGAAUGCUGGGCUGGAUGGACUUUUCAUCCAGUAAGGAGCAGUUUUUUCAUUCUUUUCUAUUCUGUCUCCCCUUCUUUGACUUUCUCCUCCCACACUGCCUCCAGCCUUUCUCCUCAGUAGUUCUCUGCCUUCUUGCUGAAUACUUUUUUCUCUUUGAUAUUAUUUGUAUUGCCUUUUUUUUUAAGAGCCUUGAAAGCAAUUUGUGGCUCAUCAACCACAAUUUGUCCACCUACCACCCCCAUCCUGCAAGCAUUUCCUUAGCAAAAUGAGCACUCACAUAAUCUACCCUCAGGUGUCUUGAACCAUCAUUUCUUUGCUGUUUCUCCUAUACUCUUACAAAGUCUGCAGUUCUGCAUCUCUUCCUGAUCUGGGUUUGCCUACAUCUAUGUCUGUUGAUUGAUUGGGGAUGGGGGCACUGUGGUGUGAACAAAUGCUAUGCAAUGCUUUAAAAAAAAAAUCCCCUCCAAAAUAUUUUUAUUAGUUUUCAAUACAGCAAAAUACAGGUGCUUUUUUCAAACAUGUUGACUUGUCAAGUUCUUCAGCAGACGAUUCCUUAUUUUCUUUUUCCUGACCUUGAGACACACACACAGAGAGAGCUCUGUUUUGUUUAUCUGCACUCAUAUAUCUUCUCUUGGUGUCCAAAUCCCGUCUUAGUUUCAAGAUGGAUUUUUUUUUUUUUAAAUGCAUACAAGCUGUUGACAGCAUUACGAGUGAACAUAUCACUUGGCAGAGAAUUAUAAAUAGAAAAAAGGCCAUUCCUGCCUCCAGGGACUUGCAAUUUCAUUUAAUAUUGUAUUUUUAAAUUGUUGUACCCUUAUGGUGAAGGGUGGGUAAGAAAUGGAAAUACUACUGCUACCAAUAUAGAAGGGUAUAUUUUUAUUUAUUUGUUUGUUUGUUUUUCUAUAUCACCCUAUACAGUCAUACCUCAUGUUACGUCUGCUUCAUGUUACGUUCUUUCAGGUUAUGUCCCACUGCGACCCAGAAGUACUGGAAAGAGUUAUUUCCGGGUUUUGCCACUCACAAAUUGACGUCACGCGCAUGCGCAGAAGUGGCAAAUCACAACCCGCACGUGCACAGAUGCGCUGCUGCGGGUUGCACUCUUUUCAUGGUGCGAUCGGGCCUCCGGAACGGAUCCUGUUCACAACCAGAGGUACCACUGUACCUGAAGGUCUCGGGGCAGUUCACAUAAAACAUAAAAUACAUAAAAUCAAAACAAAACCAACAACCCAAUAAAAAAACCCCAAAGAGCUAGCAUCUUUAAAAAAGGGUAUAGGAUGUAGAUCAAGUCAGGCAAAGGCCUGGUUGAAAAGGAACAUUUUUGCCUGGUGCCUAAAGGUGUAUAGUGAAGGCACCAGACGAACUUCCCUGGGGAGAGCAUUCCACAGACGGGGAGCCACUGCAGAGAAGGCCCCGUUCUCCUGUUGCCACCCUCUGGACCUAUUGAGGAGGAAGCACACAAAGAAGGGCCUCAGAAGAUAAUCUAAGGGUCUGGGUAGGUUCACAUGGAAAGAGGUGGUCCUUGAGGUAUUGUGGUCCUGAGCCAUUUAAGGCUUUAUAGGUCAAAACCAGCACUUUGAAUUGGGCCCGGAAACUAAUCGGUAGCCAGUGUAGUUGGACCAGGAUUGGUGUACAGUGGUACCUCGGGUUAAGUACUUAAUUCGUUCCAGAGGUCCGUUCUUAAUCUGAAACUGUUCUUAACCUGAAGCACCACUUUAGCUAAUGGGGCCUCCUGCUGCUGCUGCGCUGCCGGAGCACGAUUUCUGUUCUCAUCCUGAAGCAAAGUUCUUAACCUGAAGCACUAUUUCUGGAUUAGCGGAGUCUGUAACCUGAAGCGUAUGUAACCCGAGGUACCACUGUAAUAUUUUCAGACCGUCUUGCUUCGGUGAGCAGCCUGGCUGCUGAAUUCUGCACCAGCUGCAGUUUCCAAACCAUCCUCUAUAUAUAUCUGGGUAUAAGGCGGUAUAUAAAUUCAAAUAAUAAUAGUAAUGAUGAUGAUGAUGAGAAUGGGGGAGCUAACAGGGAGGAAAGGAAAAUAAAUGAAAGGCUUGCAACGAAGAAAUACUUUGGGUGGGGUUCACCUGAAGAACCCCAUCAGUAGACAGGUACACAAGGAUUUGGGGGCCCCUUAUAUGCUCCCUGAAACUGACUCUCCUGACCCCAACCUCAGAACAGUGCAUGGAGGGGUGUUGUUCCAUCUGGCAAGCUAGAAUACUGGUACAGGCAAAAGAUUUGUGGGAGUACCAUGUUGAAUUCCACCCACUGUUACUAAAUCACUCAGUGUGACCCAGGCUAGGACUUUCUCUCAUACUACUUUGUGAUGUGGUGUUGCCAUUCUGUUGUGACUUUGUGGUGGUGGUGGAAGAGCUACUACUAAUAUGCAAGAGGCGGCAGGGUGUGUGUGUUCACAUCAGAUUAACUGCUGCUGUUGAUCUGAUGUGAUAACUUGAGAGGCUCUUUGCAAAAUGUGUUGUCACAAUAACAUGGCCUGGCAACAUGACUUCACAAGGGCUAUACUACAUCACAAACCCACUGCCCAUGCAUGCAGCAGUUAAGUAUGUAUGGUUGUGGACAGGAGCGCAGUAUGGAGAAGAAACCUAAUCCUUGGCUGGUUUCCUGGAAAUCCCAACUAUGGACUUAUAUACCUGUAGUACAACUUUACUGGUAUGUCCCGCGGAGGACAUUAAGGUCCACAAAUGACAACAUUCUGGAGGUUCCAAGUCACAAGGUGGUUAGGUUGGUCUCAAGUAGGGCCAGGGUCUUUUCAGUACUGGCCCCAACUUGUUGGAACUCUCUGCCACAAGAAAGACUAGGGCCCUGCAGGACUUGACAUCUUUCUGCAGGGCCUGCAAGACAGAGCUGUUCCGCCUGGCCUUUCGUUUGGACUCAGUCUGACCCUUAUGUUUCCCUCCCCUUAUGGUUUUGACUUUUAAAAUGAGGCUGCAUUUUAAAUUGCAUUUUAACCUGUAUUUUAAAUUGUUUUUUGUUUGUUUUUUCUUAUUAUGUUUUUACUGAAAUUUUAUUGAUGUUAGCCGCCUUAGUCCAGCUCUGGCCGGGGAGGGUGGGGUAUAAAUAAAAAUUAUUAUUAUUAUUAUUAUUAUUAUUAUUAUUGCUGGUGGAUAUUCUACACAGUUGUGGUGUUUUAUGAAGGGCUGUUGCAGUCUAGACAGAUGUCAAACAAUAACUGCUGAUGUAACCCAGAGGUACAGCUUAACAUCUAACAGAUCAAAGCAUGGGCACAUCUAGCUUCAAAUGAUAGGUGACAAAAUGACCAGUUUGGUGCUAGUAUCUGAGACAGAUGCUCGCAUUUGCCCUGUAGAUAGGCCAUACUUGAUUAAUGGACACAUAAAAGGCUUUGAGAAGUCGUAGUCUCAUGGUGGUAAGAAAUGGUGGCCAAUGCGAUGCCUUCCAGAUGUUGAUGGACUACAACUCCCAUCAUCCCUGACCAUUGGCCAUACUGGUUGGGGCUGAUGUAAGUCAACAGCAUGUGAAGGGGCACCCUAUAUGCUGCUCUUCCCUUAAGGCAUAUGUGGAAGCAGAACCCAACAAAGCUGCAAGAGCUAUGUGAAAGUGGUGAUGGUUUUAAGGAAGGUCAAAGGGAUGUAUUUAAUGGAAGGAUGUUUCCGGCUCACUCCUGCAUCUAUCCUCAGGCUGCACAGUUGAUGUGGUAGCAUUAUGCAGCCUUUCUAUCUUCUUGGACUCAUUUCUCAUAACCCAUCAGCCCCAGCCAGCGUGACCAAUGAUCAGGGAAGAUGGGAGUCCAAAAACACCUGGAGGGCCAUAGGUUAUAUACCUGGAGGGCAGCACUAGAGCCAGAAAUGGAUGGGUCCAUUUCCACUCGCCAUUUCCAGAUAGGUCAAUGGUUGCCUGCAAGUUAUCCCCUACUACACAGUGCAGGGCCCUUCCUUUUUGUCCUUCAGAUGAUGGGGAGCCUAAGGGAUUUCUGACUCAAAAAAUGCUUGGUGUGUUGUCUCCUAGGGUGAAUUUGGAUUAAAAGAAUUGGCAGGAUUGGCAAGGUGGAUGCAAUGGCAUAAUACAAAUGAAAAACCUAAAAGACGAAUGCGAGAAUGUUACAUUAAGACCGAUCUCAAAAAUCUACUAUGGAUAAGUAAAAAAGGAGAAGAGGACAUUUUGCAGAGGGGCAUCCUAUGUUAUAAACAUACGUUUAGAAAUCUUGGACCAAUAUAACCAGUGUUUAUUAUCCAAGACCUCCCUAUUGUCUUCUCUAUUAGAAGGCAAAUGGGUCACUUUUUGAAAAGGCAAUUUGGACAUUUUCAGAUAUAAAAAUUAAGUAAGAUGGAAGCCUAUUAAGACUGGAAGAGUGUGCAGACCAUUGAACAAAUAGAAGCUAACUGUAACAUAGAACCACCUUGAUAUCAGCAUUUGGAAAUAGGUCCUUUUUCGAUAGGCUGAUGAGAAGUCAAGAGAUUUGGAGAGACGAGACUGAGUCUGAAACAGCACUAGAGACUAACAAGACAGGGCAUUUCUCAAAGGUAUAUAAAACAGUUAUCUAAAACACAGGAAAAUAGCACAUAACGACAGGAUGAAAUGAAAUAAAGAUAGGAGCAAAGCAAUUCCAUGAGAUGCAUGGCGAUUUCUGUUUCACAAGGGUCAAAAAGCACUUCACUGAUGAAAUACAGUGGUGCCUCGCAAGACGAAAUUAAUCCGUUCCGCGAGUCUCUUCGUCUUGCGGUUUUUUCGUCUUGCAAAGCACGGCUAUUAGCAGCUAUUAGCGGCUUAGCGGCUAUUAACAGCUUAGCGGCUUUAAGAAAAAGGAAACAAACUCGCAAGAACUCGCAAGACGUUUCGUCUUGCGAAGCAAGCCCAUAGGGAAAUUCGUCUUGCGGAAAGACUCAAAAAACGCAAAACCCUUUCGUCUAGCGAGUUUUUCGUCUUGCGAGGCAUUCGUCUUGCGGGGCACCACUGUAUUUUUCAGCUGUGCUGGCAAACGAGCAAUUACACCACAGCAACAAUAACCUAUGCUGAAAGAGAAUUGGGUGUAACAGAUCCAGGGCAAAAUCAUUUGUUGCCGUUAAGGAUUUAACCCACACAGAGAAAGAGGAUAUGGUCUUAGAUCAAUAUUGAUAUAUGUUUAUGAUAGAUAAAUGUUGAUAGGUAUGUGUAAUGAGUAGGUAAUGAGGUAUAUGUACUUGUGUAUAAUAAUAAUCAUAAUUUGAAGAAAGGUUUAAAAGCGUUGGGGGUUUGGCAUCAACCUCAGCCUUCUUGUAGCCCAAGUUUUCCUCAGCUGCAUCCAUGAUCACAGCUUGUCUGUGAAGCUGUCACAAGACUUAGAGAGGAUUUUUUUGGUGGGGGGGUAUGCAGUGGUAUUGAAUUACAGUCCCUCUCCUGGUGUGGUAUAUUUUGGAGCCAGCAAGCACAGUGGCCUGGCAGAGGGGGUACCUCAGGAACUUGUUUUAAAUGUCAGCGGGUCAAAAAUAAAAUGUGCAAAUCAUCUGAGGGUAGGAUCAUGGGAGACUUGUGAGUCUGGAUCAACAAUACUGACCUGAGGCAGUAAGAAAUAACACGUACGCCAAGGAGGCUGAGAGAUAGAGUGGGUUUAAGGGUCAGAUGAUGCUAUAAUAAAGGCUCCACAUCACACACUUACCACAUUUAUUUCUAAACAAACAAACAAAUGCAUUUCUAGACUGUCCACUUGCAAAAAUCAGGGCAGCAUACAACAGCAUGAAAACAUUUAAAAGCAACACGAAGCAAUCAUUAGAAUGACUGUCUGCUCAAGGGAGAUUUUAAGCAACGGCAUAGGCCUCUUCAGGACAUCACCAGUACCUCUAUGUGGGCAGCACAGAUAUAUGAGGAAACACAACAAUUGUACAUCAAUGAAGCUUCAGUGUUGUAGGCUGGUUAUAAAUUGAACGUCACAGCAGCAUCAAGGCCAGGCAAAUAAGGCAGAGCUCUAUAGAAAUACAGGCACCUGCAUCUAGGGAUGUUUUGUUGUUGUUGUUUAGUCACUUAGUCGUGUCCGACUCUUCAUGACCCCCUGGACCAGAGCAUGCCAGGCACUCCUGUCUUCCGCUGCCUCCUGCAGUUUGGUCAAACUCAUGCUGGUAGCUUCGAGAACACUGUCCAACCACCUCGUCCUCUGUUGUCCCCUUCUCCUUGUGCCCUCCAUCUUUCCCAACAUCAGGGUCUUUUCCAGGGAGACUUCUCUUCUCAUGAGGUGGCCAAAGUAUUGGAGCCUCAGCUUCAGGAUCUGUCCUUCCAGUGAGCACUCAGGGCUGAUUUCCUUCAGAAUGGAUAGGUUUGAUCUUCUUGCAGUCCAUGGGACUCUCAAGAGUCUCCUCCAGCACCAUAAUUCAAAAGCAUCAAUUCUUUGGCGAUCAGCCUUCUUUAUGGUCCAGCUCUCACUUCCAUACAUCACUACUGAGAAAACCAUAGCUUUAACUGUACGGAUGUUAGAAGGUGUCAAUUUCUGUUCCAAUCUGAGUUCAUUGCAAGCAGCACUGUUUCCGUUCCACUUCAGUUUGGUUUUCAACAAAGACCACAUUAUUCUCACUGUCUUCUGUAGUGGAAUUUUACAUGCUUAAUUGCACACUUAGUUACAUGAUUGUUACAUUAUUCCAAAACAUUACUUUUAAUGUAAAGAAAAAAACCAUUCAAUUUGGGGGGGAGUAAUCAAUUACUUGUUUUUCGUUUACAAACGACAACAGUGAUUACUGAUUAUAUUUGCGGGAUUGAUUUCCAUUUCAGACAUGGGACAAAUAAAUGAACAUCGUCAACUUCUGCUCCCAAUUCUGGUAAAAUUCUCCAACAUCCUUACUCCCAUCUUCCCUCAUCCACAUGGUGCUUCUGCUCUGCAAAUGGCAGCUUCCAAAAUUUAUUUUUUUUAUUUAAUGAAAAUGUUUUCAAUCUGCCCUUCAUCAACACCAAAUUGAAGUACAGAAUUCAGAAUAAGUACACUACAACCAACUAAGUCAUAAAAUAAUAAUAUUUAUUUAUACAUACAUACAGUGGUGCCUCGCAAGACGAAAUUAAUCCGUUCCGCAAGAGUCUUCGUCUAGCGGUUUUUUCGUCUUGCGAAGCAAGCCCAUUGACGGAUUAGCGCUAUUAGCGCUAUCAGCUGUUUAGCGGCUAUUAAAGGCUUAAAGGCUUAGGGAUUAGCUGCUAAAAGGCUAUUAAAGGCUAUUAAAGGCUUAGCAGAUUAGAUAAAGGGGGAACAGCGAAACAAAAUCUCCUGACUCGCAAGACAUUUUCGUCUUGCGAAGCAAGCCCAUAGGGGAAUUCGUCCUGCGAAGCAACUUCAAAACGGAAAACCCUUUCGUCUAGCGGUUUUUCCGUCUUGCGAGGCAUUCGUCUUGCGGGGCACCACUGUACAUACAUACAUACAUACCCUGCCUAUCUGACUGAGUUUCCCCAGCCACUCUGGGCAGCUCCCAAUCGAAUAUUAGAAACACAAUACAGCAUUAAACAUUAAAAACUUCCCUACAAAGCUUAUUCCCUAAAAAUAAGCAGCAAUGCACUCUAAAAUAUACCAUCAAACAAAUAAAAUAGCUGAAAACAACAGAGCAGCUUAGAACAAUUGUUAACAAAACUUACAAUGUCUGGGCAUAUAACUAAGUAUUAAUCUGGUGCCAAACCUUGAGCAAUGUGGGUGCUUGUCAUACUUGUGAGGAGAUUGGAGCUGUGAGUCACUAGUCAUUUAUGUUUCCUUUAUAUUCUGAAUUAAGCCCCCAGUGGGUCUUAUUAAAUCUUCCCAUGGCUUCUCCUGUGAUUCAGUAAGAACUAGAUAUGGUUGGAACAGAAUCAGAUUCCCUUCAAUCUCUCUGAUUGUAAAGUAGAACAAGACAGAGCCCACUAAAAUCUCCUUGGGUUUCAUCUCAGAUAAGUAUGUAAUUUAUUUUAAAAAAAAUUGUCCAGUAGCACCUUAGAGAACAACUACGUUUGUUCUGGGUAUAAGCUUUCAUGUGCAUGCAGACUUCUUCAGAUAGGGUAUCUGCAUAUGGAAUGCAUGCACACGAAAGCUUGCUUCCAGAACAAACUUAGUUGGUCUCUAAGGUGCUACUGGACAAUUUUUUAUUUAUUUCAACUGCGUCAGACCAACAUGGCUACCUACCUGAAUAUGUAAUGUAUUGUUGUUUAUACAAUACAUUAGCAAAGUGUAGUGCCUUCAGAAAUGGUGUUGAACUACAGCUCCCAUCAGCCCCUGCCAGGCAUGACAAAAGCUGUGGUCUAGGAACACACUGUCUACCUCUGCAAUGCUGUCAUCCAGUUUGGUUGUGAAUUGUGACCUCUCUUCUCCCUUUUCUCUGAACAGGCAUGAAUGCUGCUGUCCGGGCAGUGGUCAGAGUGGGAAUAUACACCGGGGCCAAAGUGUACUUUGUUCAUGAGGUAGGUCAUUUUGCUGCCUUUCUUUACUUGAGUAGGAAUUGUAUCUAAGGCCAGGUCGACUCAUGGAGCAGAAUGAGGUGUGAAAUCCUGAGAUAGCAUAUCCAAUAGGGACAUUCCAUUCUAAAGCAUAAAAGGUAAAGGGACGCCUGACCAUUAGGUCCAGUUCUGACCGACUCUGGGGUUGCAGCGCUCAUCUCGCUUUACUGGCCGAGGGAGCUGGCGUACAGCUUCCGGGUCAUGUGGCCAGCAUGACGUAAGUCACUUCUGGCGAACCAGAGCAGCGCAUGGAAACACCGUUUACCUUCCCACCAGAGUGGUACCUAUUUAUCUACUUGCACUUUGACGUGCUUUCGAACUGCUAGGUGGGCAGGAGCAGGGACCAAGCAACGGGAGCUCACCCCGUCACGGGGAUUCGAACCGCCGACCUUCUGAUCAGCAAGUCCUAGGUUCUGUGGUUUAACCCACAGCACCACCCGCGUCCCAUUCUAAAGCAUAGAAUGUCUCUGUUUUCUAGAGUGGGCUGCACCACUUGAAGCCUCAGGGGGCUGCAGUUUAACCAUUAUUGAACUUGCACUCGUGUAAAAUUCCUGCAAGCUAAACGCACGCGCACACACCAGAGAGGAACUUUCAAGCUCCAUCUCUUCCCACCUGUACUAGGUUUCCACUUACUCACAGUGAGCUUUUUCUGCUGGAGAGUAUUCACAAAUACGAUGCUGCAUCUUCAGACCCAAAUGGUAUAGUCCAUUCUUCCACCUCAUUCUACUGCAAAUGGGUUUAUUAUUUUGUUAACUCUGCUGCUGAUUGCUGCUGUUCGACCAAACAGGACUAUUAGAGUUGCCAUAGGUUGCAUAGCAAUGGUAAUGCCAGACCAACUACUCUGGUGCCCCACAGACCCUAUGCAAGGAGCGUCUCCACCCCCAUCAGUCUACCCAGACACUGAGGUCCAGCACCGAGGGCCUUCUGGUGGUUCCCUCACUGCUAGAAGCCAAGUUACAGGGAAGCAGGCAGAGGGCCUUCUUGGUAGUGGCGCCCGCCCUGUGGAACGCCCUCCCAUCAGAUGUCAAGGAAAUAAACAACUAUCUGACUUUUAGAAGACACCUGAAGGCAGCCCUGUUUAGGGAAGCUUUUAAUGUUUGAUGCAUUACUGUACAGUGGUACCUCAGGUUAAGUACUUUCUUCAUUCUGGAGGUCCAUUCUUAACCUGAAACUGUUCUUAACCUGAAGCACCACUUUAGCUAAUCGGGCCUCCUGCUGCCGCUGCGCCGCCAAGGCACGAUUUCUGUUCUCAUCCUGAAGCAAAGUUCUUAACCCGAGGUACUAUUUCUAGGUUAGCAGAGUCUGUAACCUGAAGCGUAUGUAACCUGAAGCGUAUGUAACCCGAGGUACCACUGUAUUUUAAUAUUUUGUUGGAAGCCGCCCAGAGUGGCUGGAGAAGGCCAGCCAAAUGGGCGGGGUAUAAAUAAGUUGUUGUUGUUGUUGUUUGUUGAGGUGCUUCCUGUUCCAUGUUGCUACAGUAGCUAAAGGAGCUGGAAAUAUCCCGAGGUCAAACAAUGCACCAGCCUGGCAGUGUACAAGGUGCAACUGCAUCUUGUCCUUAACAUUCCUUCUUCAGAAUAGUUUGCUGUAGCAGCAGCUCACAGCUAUGGUAUCUCUAUCUUCUUGAGUUAACCAGCUCUAGAGGAGAUGGAGGCUCAAAAAGGCUUCUCUUUUUAAAUAAUCUCUUCUGACUUUUGUUUCAGGGCUAUCAAGGGCUUGUGGACGGCGGUGACAAUAUUAAGGAAGCAACAUGGGAAAGUGUGUCUAUGAUGCUGCAACUGGUAAGCCGGUCCCUUGGAUUUUGUCCCUCAGGGUGUGAGAGGCUUCAGAGCUGUCCUCCUUACCCUAGGUGUCACCAGUGCUAAGAUUUCAGGGUUUUAUGGUACUACAGAACCACCUGGUGCCCCCCUGGUGCUUUCAACCGUUUAUUCAUUUCAUAAAAUGUAUAUACUGCUUUGUUUAAAAAAGCAAAGCCGUAAAUUCUCCAAGUGGAUUUAAGAAAAAGAAUAAAACGAUGAAUUAUCAGUAGAAAAAGAACAGUUAAAAACAGUUAUUUAAAACAUCCCCCCCCAAAAAAAAUAAUUAAAAUCAGUGUUAAGCUAAAGACCAAAUUAAAACACAUGUCAACAUUCUACAUAUCUGGGUUGGCUUGCCUAAACCAGAAAGUUUUUAGCAAGUGCCAAAAAGAAUGAAUGGGACCAUAGUGAAGAAUGAGUAUUAUGUGGUAACGAUAACUCCCUUCAUCUCUGACUAUUGACUCUGCUGGCUGAAGUUGGUGGGAAAUGUAGUUCAAAACACCUGGAGGGCACUAGGUUGGGAAAAUGUUAUGUACUGAAUUGAAUAGGACCCAAAAUGCAGCAGUCUGAUUGGUCCACAGGAGCUACCCAAUCCAGCUCCAGGUGGAAGUGAACCCGCAACCUGAUUGGCCUACAGGAAUCCCGGAAUUAGCCAAUCACGUGGGGUCCUUUGUGUAAAUAAUGUAUAUAAAGCAGACAUUCUGGGGGAACUUCCAUUCCUCCUCACCACUAUGAGCUGAAUAAAGAGCAUGAAAUCCACUCUCGACUCCGAGUAUAUUUCAAGAAAGCUGCUAUAGAAUUAGGGCAUGGUUUGCAUUUCAAUGGGUUGGAUCCAGACAUGCUCAGCCAAGUUCUACUUGCACUGGUGAAAGUGGGCGGGUUGGUGGGUUGCUGUUUUGUUAUUCCUUCUUUGCCUCUGCAGUCCCCUGUGCCUCCAUCAAAUCUGCCCCAGGGGUGUUUUUUUGACAGGGGAAUAAGGUUUACUUUAUUUUAUUUAUUUUUAUUUUAUGGACACUAUACAUGACAUACCGUAUUUUUCGCCCUAUAGGAUGCACCGGCCCAUAGGACGCACCUAGUUUUUUUGGGGGGAAAUCAAGGGAAAAUUUUUUAUUCCCCCCCCCCCCAGGGUUGCGCCGCCAUCCCCACGCUAGAAGAGGGAGACGGAGCGCUCCGUCUCCCUCUUCUGCCUUCAGGGACAGCCUCUCUAGCCUCUGUGGGGCAGCGGCUUGCCCCGCUGUCCCCCGAGCUUGUGGGGCUGGCCGGGGGGAGGAGCAAGCUUGCUUCUCCCCCGCCAGCCUCCAGGCCAGGUCGGGGAAUAGCGGGGUGGCGGCUGUCCCCCGAGCUUUUGGGCUGCAGGCUGCUGCCCGCAAGCCUUGCGAGCCCGCGGGACCUCCCACCGGGCUUGCAAGGCUUGCGGAUAGCUUCCUGAAGCCUGGAGAGCGAGAGGGGUCGGUGCACACGGACCCCUCUCACUCUCCAGGCUUCAGCGAAGCUUGCAUUCGCCCCAUAGGACACACACACAUUUCCCCUUCAUUUUUGGAGGGGAAAAGUGCGUCCUAUAGGGCGAAAAUACGGUAAUCCCCAGUGGGAUUUUAAUUUUAACCUUGUAAAAAUAUCUUAAACCACUGGAAAUAUCAAAGUGUUCAGUGUUAUUUUUUAUAUAUAUAAAAAGGUUAUUCCUUUCCUCUUUGAGACGUUCCUUUGCUCCAUCUCCAGUUUGAGGAAAGUCACUGGCUGGUUGAGUGAGGGGCUCCUGUCACGAGGAAAAUUAUUGUAACAUCUUGACCUUUUCGCCAGUUGGGGUCACUGGCAAAGUCGUCCAUCUUAAGUGUAAUGAUAUUGCCAUAGCUGGGGUCACAAUGAAUGCCUGAGACCCAAAAUAACUCGAAACCUGAGCUGACCUUUGCUUGCAGCCAUACUUGCAUGAGUCGGGGCUUUUUGAAUUUCAUAAACAAGAAUUGCAGAGGAUUCUGGUCUGGCCACAACUCUCCCUAGGCAUCCAGACUGUAGAGAUAGAGGAUCACAUGUAGCAAACAUGUAUUACCUCUCCCAGUGUAUCUUUUUUUUUUUUUUUUGUUGUAGAAAAAGAAGUGUCAGGACUCACCAUGAACAACUCCCUUGUUCUCUUAUUAAGGCAAUGGUGCCCACCUGAGAGGUGCCAGAACUGUGUUCCGGCUGAAAAAAUGCCCUGAUCUCUCCUCACAAACCCUUUACACAUAACGGUUAAUUGGGUGAAAUUCUCAACUACAAAAACUCUUCAAACUGUUGCAGCUAAUGGAUUUUGGUGAUGGUGAAGAUGCCUUGAUCUUUGUAGUGAGGAGGAUUAAUUUGGUGGGCAGAGAGGUGUGGUAUUUUGGAGCCCUCUUUCUCCUGAAUCAGGAGAUCAGGCUGGCCAUUUUCCUCAAAAGAAUGAACCUGAGAAUUAGAGGCAUAGCUGUCAACUUACAGAUUUGAAAAUAAGGGACCAGCAGCCUCGAAAAUAAGGGAUCAGCAGCCAAAAUAAGGGAUUUUCAGAGCACAGGUAUGUUCAACUUCUGAGCCCCUCCGAGCCAAAGGCAGAAAGCCCAGCCAGCAGCCAAACAAAGCCUCAAGCGGUGGUUCCCACAGCGCAGCAACCCGGCAAAGGGGCUGCAGCAAGGGAAACCACCGUCGCCUCUCCGCUGGGAAGCACUGAGCAAAGGCGAGUCCCCAGGCAACGCGGCCAAUUUGAUCGGCACAAGGCAUGCAAGCUCCACCCCCGUUCUUAGACUCCUUAUUGGGUGAGCAACGCAGCCACAGCAACACAGUUGGAGCCUCCCUCCUCCCUGGCUGGCAGGGAGGGAGGGAGAGGAGCUGCUUCCUUUGAAACCUGGGAAAUUGAAGGGACAUCAUCAAUAAGGGACAGCAGCGGGACACAGCGCUGGGAUAAGGGAGUUUCCCGCCAAAUAAGGGACGGUUGACAGCUAUGAUUAGAGGUCAUAGCUUUUCUGGGCAUUGCCUCUUUUUGGAGUACCUUGGGAACUGUAGUUGAGUGGAGUGGGACUUGGGAUCUGUUUACCUCAAUAAAUAAGCUCCAGGGCAAGCCCAGCCAUGAGGCAAAGUGAAGCAGCCACCUCAAAUGACAGAUAGGGUGUCAGGGAGAGAGUAAUGGAGCCAGGCCUAAGUCUCCUAAGCUAUCCUGUUUCCCUGAUAGUGUUGGAUGCUAUGCUGUUGUUAACCAGUUACCCUCUCUCAACCUAACCUACCUCACAGGUGUGUUGUGAGGAGAAACUGGGAGAAGGGGGAGAAUGAUGUUUGCUGCCUUGACAUCCUUGGCAGGAGAGAUGAUGAACUUUUGCUUGCUCUUCUGGAAAGAUGUCCAGCAGUGCUCCGUGUGGAUCAACUUAUUUUUAAUACAUAUUUUUAUAUAUUAAAGUUAUACACGAUUCUGCAAAAUACAGUGUUAUCAAAUAGGAUCUGAUGGCAAAAUGCAUAGUCCAUGUAGAAUCGUAGAAUUGUAGAGAGUUGGAAGGGACCCAAGGGUCAUCUAGUCCAACCCCCUGCAAUGCAGGAAUCUCAGCCAAAGCAUCCAUGACAGAUGGCCAUCCAGCCUCUGCUUAAAAACCUCCAAGGAAGGAGAGUCAACAGCCUCCCAAAGGAUGUUCCACUGUCAAACAGCUCUCACUGUUGGAAAGUACCGUAUUUUUCGCUCCAUAAGACACACUUUUUUCUUCCUAAAAAGUAAGGGGAAAUGUCUGUGUGUCUUAUGGAGCAAAUGUGUGGUCCCUGGAGCCGAAUUGCCCAGGGGCAAAAAGCAGAUCAUGCUGUUUUUUGAUAGAGGGAAGUGGGUGUUGAAACAAAGCCGCUGAUCGUUUGCCAAUUGGGGGGAGAGAUAAGGGACGCUAGAGAUAAUUUAUAAUUUCCUUUAUGGAGGCUGCCUGGGAGGGGAGAGGUAAAGACAGCAAACUUGCAAAGGGGGGAAGCAGGAAGACUAAAGCAAUAAGGAGAGAAAUUAGAAGAAAAGGAGGAGCAAAAAACUUCUCCAUCUAAGGAAAAGACACUAAGGCAAACAAGAAGGAAGGGAGUGUUGAAAGGAAACAGCUGAUUGGUGGGAUCAGAAGAGAGAUAAGGGACGCUAGCGGAGGCUGCCUGGGAGGCGGGAGGUAAAAGCCCAUGGAUCCUCAGGAUUUUUACAUUGGGUCACCCCAAAUUCACCAUCAGAUCACAUAGCAUGUCCAUGGCUACAGCCUGCACCAAAAAAACCACCCACCCACUGUUGCGUGGGGCCGCAAUGGUGUAAAAACGUGGUUACAAAGCACGGAUCCACAUGGAUCCUCAGGAUUUUUGCGUUGGGUCACCCGAAAUUCACCAUCAGAUCACAUGUUUGUGGCCACAGCAUGAACCACAAAAAUCAUAUAUCCCCUGUUUCAUUCAGAAUAUUAUUUUUUCUUGCUUUCCUCCUCUAAAAACUAGGUGCAUCUUAUGGUCAGGUGUGUCUUAUGGAGCGAAAAAUACGGUACUUCCUGAUGUUUAGUCGAAAACUCCUUUAUUGAAAUUUGGAGCCAUUGGUUCGAGUCCUACCCUCCAGACCAGGAGAAAACAAGUUUGUUCUCUCUUCCAGGUUGACAGCCCUUGAGAUAUUUGAAAAUGGCUAGCAUAUCAAUAAUAGUUCACUGUUGAACAAAUACAGACAUAAAAUAAAACCAAAAUAAAUAAACCACAGGUAUGUGAAUGUGUGGAAGGUAGCGACUAAAACUAUUUAUACCCAUUGUUCCCAACGUGGGGCACAUGCCCCACAGGGGUGCAAUUUGAUUUUGACGGGGGCAAUUCGAGAAUGAGUUAGACCAAGUUAAUGGCUUUUUAGGCUUCUUCCACAUGAAUAGGAGUUCACUUUUUGAAUAAUAAGAAUUAUAUGUCACAGGAUUUAGAGAUGCUUAGGUGGGGCAUGGCCCCAAAAAAGGUUGGGAACCACUGAUUUAUACCAUAGACACAAUGGUUAAACAAAGCAAGGUUGCAAAAUAUGGACCCUUUUCUACCAAUAGAAAGUAAUUAAAGUAUUCAAAAGUAUUUGUUCAUGGGCCGAGGGGGACCCCCCCCCCCCAUCUGAAGCAGCUUUCUUGUCAUGGUACUGUCAGGGAACUGACAUCGUAGCCAGAGGCGGAGGCUAGGCUCUCAAGCGAUGCUGGAGAAGGGCCCAGCAGGGGGAGAGGCGGCUCACCAGCUGGGGAAAGAAAUCAGCGUAACACCAGGGAUAAAGAGGGGCAGAUGGGGGAAUCGGCGAGGGGGCUCCAGGACUCCUCGCUGGAGAUCAGCGAGGAGAGCACGGGUCCUCCGCUACCCACGCCCUCCCUGCGCAGAAGACUUCCGCGCAGGGAGAGUAGGAGGAGACUUGGAGUCAAACAACUUUUAUGCUGGAAAAGGUUUAAGAAACGCCCACUGACGGAUCCUGCUAGCGACUGAACAGCCACGAAGUGCAGGGCUGUCCAGACAGAAAAGGUUUAACAAGGCAACCUAGCCAGGAGUGGCACCAACUUGCGCACGAGCAACCCCUACAUUUAUUACAGGUACCUAUGACCUAAAGUAUUUUUUCCUCCCUUGGUUUUUUUCUUCUUCCAGAUUUGCUUGAGGGACUCCUCUCUCUCUCUCUUUUUUUCAAUUUUUUAAAUUGGUUUUCACAACAUUAUAAACAAACAAACACACAAGACAAACAAACAUAAAUCAUAGCCUUAUUGAAAAUUACACUUAUCAACAUUGUUAAGUGACUUCCUCGCUUCCCCUUGGUUGAAUUUCAUUGCAUAUCCUUUUAACGGUUUUCCAAAUCACAGUUCUUAUAAAAUUUAACUUAAACAUUAACAUCCUUAGAUCUUCACAUUAUGAAAUUAAACAUAUUAAUUCAUCCCUUAACAUAAAUAAAAUCCUAAGCCAAUUAAGUAUCUGCAAGCUGUUUUCGGUUAAUUUAACUUAACAUGUUUAACUAAGUAAUCAUUAAAUUUAAUCCACUCUUCCUGAUACUCCUCCUACUUCUGGUCGCGAACUCUUCCGGUUAGGUCAGCUAGCUCCGAAAAAUCCAUCAUCUGCAUCUGCCAUUCUUCUAUCGUUGGUAAUUCUUGGGUUUUCCACUUUUUAGCUAACAAAAUACGAGCAGCAGUUGUGGCAUACAAAAAUAAUUUAACAUCUUUCUUGGGCAAUUCCAAACUUGUUAUUCCCAGAAGAAAGGCCUCUGGUUUCUUUAUAAAUGUAUAUUUCAACAUUUUGAGGGACUCCUUCUCUUGAUCAUAGCAGCACCUAAGUUAGGCGGCCAUAAUGUUGUCUUCCAGCUCUCACCUGGUUUGUCCCCCUCACCUAGGGUGGCACCGUCAUUGGGAGUGCCAGGUGCAUGGACUUCCGUGCCCGCGAAGGACGCCUGAAAGCUGCUCGCAACCUGGUGAAGAGAGGAAUCACAAACUUGUGCGUGAUCGGAGGAGACGGCAGCUUGACUGGAGCGGAUACCUUCCGAGCGGAGUGGACCAGUUUGCUGCAGGAGCUGGUUAAGACAGGUAUUGCCAAGGAGGGCACUUAAAAACUGAAUGCUACAGUGAGGGGGGGGGGAGUAUUUGAUCCCCUGCUAAAUUUUCCCGUUUGCCCUCUGACCAGUCCAUAAUUUUAAUGGUAGGUUUAUUAUAGCUGUGAGAGACAGAAUAACAAGAGGAAACCCCCCUCCCAGAAACCCAGAAGACAAAAGUCAGAGAUUGAUGUGCGUUAUAAUGAGUGAAAUACGUAUUUGAUCCCCUGUCAAGCAGCCAGAUGUCAGGCUACCUGGUAUCUUCGCUGUAUGUAAUGAGCUGAGAUUAGAAGCACCUGCUGUAAGGUCCCAGCUCAUUACAGUAACUGUACAAAAGACACCUGUCAACAGAAGCAAUCAAUCCACCAUGUCCAAGACCAAAGAGCUGUCCAAGGAUGUCAUUAAAAUUAUGGACUGGUCAUUUCUUCGUCGGAGGGCAAACGGGCAAAUUUAGCAGGGGAUCAAAUAAUUUCCCCCCUCACUGUAAGUCCCUGUGCUGGUGAGAGUUGGAAUCCAACAAUAUUUGGAGAACCUCAUCUUAGCCACCCUUGCUCUAACCUGCAGGAUAAAAGGAGAAUAUGCAGAACGUUUGCUUUCUUAUUAAUAGAUUUAGGCUAAGAGUGAACUUGCAGGGAUGGUGUAAUUAUAUCAUAUGCUGGUAUUCCACUGGUUCUUUGCAUAAUACCUCCCCAGGUGGCAUCACGGCAGAAGAAGCCAGCAAGUCUAGUUACCUAAACAUUGUUGGCAUGGUUGGGUCUAUUGAUAACGACUUUUGUGGCACUGACAUGACCAUUGGCACGGACUCCGCUCUCCACAGGAUAAUGGAAAUAGUGGAUGCUAUCACCACCACUGCUCAGAGGUGAGACUUGUGGGCAUUGUGCCUUUGAUUUCUACAGUUCCUGAAUGGCACCAUGAGAAUGUCUUUCUGUAGCUUGAAGAAAGAGAAGAAAACAAAGUCCUAGCCCUUAAGACUAGGCUUGAAAGUAUAUAUAGACAGCAGUUGCAGAGCAAUCGCAGAAGCUCUUUGCCCUUCCUCAUGCAGAAGCAUAUAAAAUGGGAAAGAAUAUAUUUGCAAAGACAGGCAAAAUUUGGCUCAGUUUGCCUACUCUCUGUUGUAGAAUUUUUAAAAAAUACAGUCAUACCUCGGGUUGAAGUUGCUUCAGGUUGAGCGCUUUCGGGUUGCGCUCCGCGGCAACCCGGAAGUAACGGAACGCAUUACUUCCAGGUUUCGCCACCUGCUCAUGCGCAGAUGGUCAAAAUGACGUCACGCCCAUGCGCGGAAGCGGCAAAUCGCGACCUGCGCACACGCAUGGACACGGGUUGUGUUCGCUUCAGGAUGCAAACGGUGCUCCGGAACGGAUCCUGUUUGUACCCAGAGGUACCACUGUAUUUUCUUGUUCUCUCUCUCUCUCACUCACACACACACACACACACACACAAAAACCCCCUACCCUUAUCUAUUUAAGAUAUAUAUACAUUGGUACCUCGGGUUAAAUACUUAAUUCGUUCCAGAGGUCCAUUCUUAACCUGAAACUGUUCUUAACCUGAAGCACCACUUUAGCUAAUGGGGCCUCCUGCUGCCACCGCCGGAGCACGAUUUCUGUUCUCAUCUUGAAGCAAAGUUCUUAACCCGAGGUACUAUUUCUGGGUUAGCGGAGUCUGUAACCUGAAGCGUAUGUAACGUGAAGCGUAUGUAACCUGAGGUACCACUGUAUAAACUAAACAAGCUAUAGCUUAGGCCCCCCCAAAAAAAUUAAAGGGGAAAAAAACCUGGAUGUACAUAUCCAAAAUGUAAGAUAAAAAACAAAUAAAAUAAAACCUACAUACAGCAACAGUGUUUUGUGUUGUGUGGGCUUCUAUUUGUUAUGUGCAAAUUGCUUUAGAUACCUGUUAGGUCCAUAAAUUACCACAUAGCCUAUAUUCAACACAAAAAACAGUGACAAUUUGUUGUUGACAAAGGACAGCUGGACAUAUAAAGGGACCCAUUACAUUCCGUAGCUUAGGGCCUCAUCAAACCUAAAUCCGGCCCUGAUCCCACCCUCCUUGGGGGGCGUGUCCCUUGUGCCCAACCUGAGUGGCAGUAGCAUACACUCCACCACUGCUUGUACAUGUUUUAAAGAGGUAUUUUGAGGGCCUUCUUGGUAACAGCUGAAGUGACCUGGGACUCUCUUUUUUUCUGAGAAGAGCCUGUGCAAUCCCUUGUCUUUCUAAUUAUGUGAGAAUCUGUGUGGAUAGUAGUAUUAAAAAAAAAGGAAAACAAAAAGGAAAACAAGAACAAACAUUCGCAGUUAGAAAGCUAGUUCCAAGAUGUGGAAUGAUGAGCAAAUGGCACAAACUGAAACUAUCCCUAAUUUUUCCCUACAUACAAAACUUAAAUCUUUUCUGGAAUGUUUAAAACAUUUCUUUAAAAAAAUAUACUCACAAUGCUUUAUUAUUUGUUUUGCCUUGCAGUCACCAGAGGACAUUUGUGCUGGAGGUCAUGGGUCGUCACUGCGGGUAGGAAUUUCUGUUCUUGUUCCUCUCAAAUGUCACGUUUUAAAAUGCAUUUUGAUCAUUUUUUUUUAAAACGGCGGUGCCAGAAUCAAUGAAGUGAAUGAUCUGAAGCAGACAUAGGCAACCUUCGGCCCUCCAGAUGUUUAGGCCUACAACUCCCAUGAUCCCUGGCUAUGAGGACCAGUGGUCAGGGAUGAUGGGAAUUGUAGUCCAAAACAUCUGGAGGGUCGAAGGUUGCCAAUGCCUGAUCUGAAGAAUAAUUACAUUCUGAUCCACACACUAGCCGAGGAAGUUUCAGAAAGAUCAAAUUUUUCCAGUCCGAGUGCAGUCUGGGUUUCCAAAGAGAGAGGAUGAUAUGAAUCAGUCUCCAAUCAGACCUAAGUAACCUUUAAGAAAGCACGUUCCCUGCUUGGAUUUUUCAAGCCCUAUUGCUAGGUUAAAAUCUUGCACCAAAUCAGUAAUGGCUCAUUGUUCGUCUUUUAUCUCUUCCUCUAGUUACCUAGCCCUUGUAACAGCCUUGGCAAGUGGUGCAGACUGGGUUUUCAUUCCAGAAUCUCCACCAGAGGAUGACUGGGAGGAUCACUUGUGCAGGAGGCUAACUGAGGUAAUAAUAAUAAUCUUUAUUGCGGUCCAAUGACCCAUAACAUGGAUUCAGAAUAAAAUACAGAUUCAUACAGACAACCCCCCAGGGAAGGGAGACGGAAGUGUUAUUUGUUUGGUCAUGGGUAUGUUGAUCUUUGAUUCGUAUGACUACUAAAAGAAACUUUGUCACGGCCACUGUGAUAUCAUUGGACUUGUCGUCCAGAAGAUAUCUGAUAUAGUAGGCUUCCGAUUGACUUUUUUUAAAAUAAUUUUUUAUUAGAUUUUUCACAGUGAUAACAUAAACCACAAAGCAAAAUGAUACACAAAAACAGAAAAAGAAGAAAGAAGAAAGGGAAAAAAAGAGGGGGGGAAAGGGGGAACAAUAAACAGAUAAACAAUAACAACAAACUUAAUUCUUCACAAAUCUAACCUUUUAAACAUCUUGGUUGACUUCCUCAAAUCCCUCCCUUCUGAGUUUCCUUGUAAUUAAAAGUAACAGCUUUCCAAUAUCAUUAUUAAACUAAAACAAUUUCCAAUUAUAGUCCAUCUUAUUCACUUUUCUUAACAUUCUAAAUCCCAUUUAUUUAUCGUAUUUUUCACCCCAUAGGGCGCACCUAGUUUUUUGGGGGGGAAAUCAAGGGGAAAAAAUUUAUUCCCCCCCCCCCCGCAGCCAUCCCCAAGCUAGAAGAGGGAGACGGAGCACUCCGUCUCCCUCUUCUGCCUUCAGAGACAGCCUCCCUAGCCUCAGUGGGGCAGCGGCUUGCCCCGCUGUCCCCCGAGCUUGUUGGAACUCCUGCCGGGCUCGCAAGGCUUGUGGAUAGCUUCCUGAAGCCUGGAGAGCAACCCCUCUGCACCGACCCCUCUCGCUUUCCAGGCUUCAGCGAAAGCCUGCAUUCACCCCAUAGGACGCACACACAUUUCCCCUUCAUUUUUGGAGGGGAAAAGUGCGUCCUAUAGGGCGAAAAAUACGGUAAUUAUAACUUAAUUUAAUCCUGGGCCUAUUUGUUUCUUUCAAGUAAUUUCUAUUUUUGAUAUUUCUAAUUAUAUUUCUAAUUUUUUAUAUUGGCUUCCGAUUGAUUUGCCAAUAGUGGUUUAAUCAAUAGUUCCCUAGCUUGAUCCUAUUGUCCGCAAUGCAAUAGAAUAUGCCUCAUGCAGUCGACGUUCUGAGAGCAUACACAGAUCCUAUUUUGAUAAGGGAUACCUCUCGGUCUGCCGUUUAACACUUCUGAUGGGAAUACAUUUAAUUUGGCUUUGGUGAAAAGACGCCAAUAUGUUAGUACAGGCAAAUUUCUAAGAUAUGCAGGUGUCUGAAACUUGAACCCAUAGUGAAUUCCAUAGUGAAUGGGCCACAGCUAACAUGAGAUUGAGAUCGGAGAUCACUAUGUGCUUUGUCCCAGAACUUUGCCUCAGAGAUUCAAGGGCGGUCUCAUAGGAGAGAAGGUGGCAUGCCAGUCGAAGUGGCUUUUCUAACCAUAAUUUUCAUCCAUAAGCUGGUAAACUCCUUGUUGUUCAGGUAUGGAAGUAACCUCUUCCCUAGGCCAAAGACUGAGAUCUUGAGCCAGUAUCUCAGGGCUGUAAUAUGUUGAUGCUGUGUACUGUAUUGGCUGGAGAAUGUUUAAAAAAGCAAAUCAGUUGAAGUAUUUGGAGUCAGUGAACGAAGUCUGCACCAAAACAAUGGGGCACCCUCACAGGUCCUAAGCCACCUCAAGGGCCUGGUGAGCUGGAUAAACUAGACAAACCUAGUGUAGCCUGAGUUUCACAGUCAGACCCUCUCUAGGCUGCACAAAACUGUCUCCAGCCUUGAUGAAGGAUAUGGCAGCAGCAACUGAGCAGAGAAGAGUACCAUGAUUGAUGGCACUGAAAGCUGUAGAGAGGUCCAGGAGAAUCACCAAAGUUGGGUUCCCGGCAGCCUUUCUUGGCUGUCCAAGGCGGUUUCUGUCCCCAAACCAGGCCUGGAACAUGGUUUAAAGUGGAUCCAGUAUACCUGAAGGAGCAUCUCCACCCCCAUCGUUCUGCCCGGACGCUGAGGUCCAGCGUCGAGGGCCUUCUGGCGGUUCCCUCAUUGCGAGAAGCAAAGCUACAGGGAACCAGGCAGAGGGCCUUCUCGGUAGUGGCACCCGCCCUGUGGAACGCCCUUCCAGCAGAUGUCAAAACGAUAAACAACUAUCUGACAUUCAGAAGACAUCUUAAGCCCUGUUCAGGGAAGUUUUUAACGUGUGAUAUUUUAGUGUAUUUUUGGUUCUAUGGAAGCCGCCCAGAGUGGCUGGGGAGGCCCAGCCAGAUGGGCGGGGUACAAAUAAUAAAUUAUUAUUAUUAUUAUUAUUAUUAUUAUCUCUCCCUCUUUUCUUCUCCACAGACAAGAACCCGAGGCUCAAGGCUGAACAUCAUUAUUGUGGCUGAAGGAGCAAUUGAUAAGCACGGCAAGCCGAUCACCUCAGAAGACAUUAAAAGUGUGGGUGAUGCAAUCCUGUUUCUGCUCGGAGCGUCUGUGUCAAUGUUCUUUGGCCUAACAUUGAGAUUGAGCUGAAAUACUCGCUGGGAGGCAGAAUGACUGUCUCACCAGAGUCGUGCAUGCUCUAGUUAUCUCCUGCUUGGACUACUGCAAUGCACUCUACGUGGGGCUACCUUUGAAGGUGACCCGGAAACUGCAAUUAAUCCAGAAUGCGGCAGCUAGACUGGUGACUGGGGGCGGCCGCCGAGACCACAUAACACCAGUCCUGAGAGAUCUGCAUUGCUCCCAGUACGUUUCCGAGCACAAUUCAAAGUGUUGUGCUGACCUUUAAAGCCCUAAACGGCCUCGGUCCAGUACACCUGAAGGAGUGUCUCCACCCCCAUCGUUCUGCCCGGACACUGAGGUCCAGCGCUGAGGGCCUUCUGGCAGUUCCCUCAUUGCGAGAAGUGAGGUUACAGGGAACCAGGCAGAGGGCCUUCUCGGUAGUGGCGCCCGCCCUGUGGAACGCCCUCCCUUCAGAUGUGAAGGAAAUAACCAGUUAUCCCAUCUUUAAAAGACAUCUGAAGACAGCCCUGUUUAGGGAAGUUUUUAAUAUUUAAUGCUGUACUGUUUUUAACAUUUGAUUGGGAGCCGCCCAGAGUGGCUGAGGAAACUCAGCCAGAUGGGCGAGGUAUAAAUAAAUUAAUAUUAUUAUUAUUAUUAUUAUUAUUAUUAUUAUUAUUAUUAUCCUGCACAGUUAAAAAGGGCGGGUUUGUACAACCAAAGGACUCAAAGAGUAACAAAAGCCUGGUUCUUCUUCUGUUGUCCAGUGAACUUUUAAUUUUAACUUUGAAGGGAUAGUGUCAUUAUUUUGCACCUCUCUUCUCUCUGCAGCUGGUUGUGAAACGCCUGGGCUAUGACACAAGAGUCACCAUCCUUGGACAUGUGCAGCGUGGUGGGACUCCCUCUGCCUUUGAUCGCAUCCUGGUAAAAAGCAAUGCAGUUUUGUUUCUGAUGCUUCAUAUAGAUGACAUGCCUGUAAACAAUACAGUGGUACCUCAGGUUACAGACGCUUCAGGUUACAGACUCCGCUAACCCAGAAAUAGUACCUCGGGUUAAGAACUUUGCUUCAGGAUGAGAACAGAAAUUGUGUCAAAAGAGGGAGGUAUGAGGAAGUCCAGAAAAUAAGUAAAUUUAAAAAAGGGAAAUGAAAAGGUGAUAUUGUUUUUAAUUGUUCUGUUUCUUUUUUGUUGUUGUUUUUUGUUUCUCGUUUUUGUUUUCUUUUUUUGGAAUUUGUAUUGCGUAUUUGUGUAUUUCUUUUUUAUGUUUUUUCUGUUCAACUUUUUAUUGAAACUUUAAUAAAAAUUAUUUUAAAAAAAAAAAAGAGAACAGAAAUUGUGCUCCGGUGGCGUGGCAACAGCUAAAGUGGUGCUUCAGGUUAAGAACGGACCUCCAGAACAAAUUAAGUUCUUAACCUGAGGUACCACUGUACAGUGGUAUCUCGGGUUACAAACACUUUGGGUUACAGACUCCGCUAACCUGGAAGUAGUACCUUGGGUUAAGAACUUUGCCCCAGGAUGACAACAGAAAUUGCGCAGCGGCAGCAGGAGGCCCCAUUAGGUAAAGUGGUACCUCAGGUUAAGAACAGUUUCAGGUUAAGAACGGACCUCCGGAACGAAUGAAGUUCGUAACCAGAGGUGCCACUGUAUUGCAUAUUGGAGUGAGAGGCAGGAGGAGACAUUUAUAGUCCAGGUGUGGGGAACCUUUGGCCCUCCAGAUGUUGCCGAACUACAGUUCCCAUAAUUCCUGGCCGUUGGCCCUGUUUGCUGGGGCUGAUGGGAGUUGCAGUUCAGCAACGCCUGGCAGCCCCAAGGUUCCCCACGCUUGAUGCACUCCCGCUGUCUCUAGGUUGUUAACUUCUCUGGAAUUAAUUGCCUGCCGGUGGGGAAUGUUACACUUCUGUAGAAGGGCAAAGGGUCUCGUGACAGACUAGUUGAGGUAUGAGCUUUCUUGGACUAGAGCCCAUUGUGUCACGUUGUAAACUGUGGGGACAAAAGGCCACGAAAUGCAGUCUCUCGCAUUUUUCGGCAAAGUUUGACAUGAUAAGAACACUCAGUGGCCAUUCACACAGCAGGAGGUAAUUAGCAAUAACAUAAUUACGAAUUACUUAUCACUCCCUCUAAUAAUGAACUCAGGUGGCAAGUGUUGGCCAGAUUGGAGCCAAAAUUAGGCCGCUGUGAAACAAGAGAGAAGUAUUAUAAUAAAUAAUAAUAAUUUUUUAUUUAUACCCCACCCUUCCUGGUUCAGGAAACCGGGCUCAGGGCGGCUAACAACAAAUUUAAAACACUUAAUUGAUGCUACAAAAAAACAGCAUAAAAUAUGGUAUAAAGCGUAAAUAACAAUAAAAUCAAAAAUCAAAAAUCAAUUUAGGGGGAAAAUCCAUCCAAUAAACAUUAGAUGAUCACCAGGGCUAGCUAGCUAAAUUAGUCCCACUUGGGCCAGCGAGGAGGCCAGGGGAGAACCAGCUGUGGGAUCCCAGAGCGGGAAAUCUUCAUAAAAAGGGGAGGAAAGGAAGGGGAACCAAAGAUCAGGCCAGGUUCAAAUUGAAAGCCAGGCGGAAUAGUUCUGUCUUACAGGCCCUGCGGAAGGAAGUUAAAUCUUGCAGCGCCCUGGUCUCAUGGGACAGAGCAUUCCACCAGGUCAGAGCCAUCACUGAGAAGGCCCUGGCCCUGGUGGAGGAUAAUCUAACUUCCUUAGGACCCAGGACCUCUUAACUAUGAUUAUUCAUUGACCUUAAGGUCCUCUGCCAGGCAUACCAGGAGAGGCAGUCCCGUAAGUACGAGGGCCCUAAGUACUGACAUGCUCAGGUGUUUGCAGAAAUACAAAAAAACCCCAAACCCUUUAAAAAAAUCAUUUUUCUGUUCUCCAUCUUGCAGGGAAGCAGGAUGGGAGUGGAAGCUGUCAUGGCGCUACUGGAGGGAACUCCUGAUACUCCAGCAUGUGUUGUCAGCCUCUCUGGUAACCAAGCGGUCCGCCUUCCUCUCAUGGAGUGCGUCCAAGUAGUAAGUAUUGUUUGCUGGCAUGUGCGUUUAUGGGGGUGGGACAAGAAAAUGCACCUCUUUAUCCUAGCCUUUAAGGUAUUUUGUUUUGCUGGGCCCCCACCACAUUUGCUGAAUGUAUACUGUUCUGUUCCAUUUGAAGUAGUUGUUUUCAUAACAGUAUAUUAUAUUGUUGUUACCUCUCCUGGGACCUUAUGGGCAGGUAAGAAAUCAAAGACUUAUAAUUUGGCAUAAAAUUUGGACUGUUUGGUUGCAUUAUCAUUUGGAAUGUAUUUAACGUGGAUUUAAAGGUAAAGGUAAAGGGACCCCUGACCAUUAGGUCCAGUCGUGACUGACUCUGGGGUUGCGGCGCUCAUCUCGCUUUAUUGGCCGAGGGAGCCGGUGUACAGCUUCUGGAUUGUGUGGCCAGCAUGACUAAGCCGCUUCUGGCGAACCAGAGCAGCGCACGGAAACGCCGUUUUCCUUCCCGCUGGAGCGGUACCUAUUUAUCUACUUGCACUUUGAUGUGCUUUUGAACUGCUAGGUUGGCAGGAGCAGGGACCGAGCAACGGGAGCUCACCCCGUCACGGGGAUUCGAACCGCCAACCUGCUAAGGAUCGGCAAGUCCUAGGCUCUGUGGUUUAACCCACAGCGCCACCCGCAUCCCCAACGUGGAUUUAAUUGGAUUGUUAAAAUGGAAAAUUUAAUAAAUAUUAUUAUAAAAAAUAAAAAAUACUAUUUGUCGCUAUUGUCUUCCUUCAACAGACUAAAGAUGUCACAACAGCGAUGAAUGAGGGACGGUUUGACGAAGCUCUUAAACUUAGAGGAAGGUAAGUUGGAGCUACAAUGUGAACAAGGCCUUCCGGGGCCUCCAUGCAAUUUAUUUUUUAUUCUUAGGAAGGGGAAGUGGCCGUAGCUCAGUGACAGAGCAUCUAGUUUGCAUGCAGUAGGUCCUGGAUUCAGUCCUUCGAAUCUCCAGGAAGGGCUGGGAAGGAUUUCCUGCCAAUCCCAGUCAGUGUAGACAGUCUUGAACUAGCCUAGGUUGGAAGGUUGCUUCCUUUGCUCCUAAUAAUUUGAUUCACCCUGCAGGAGUUUCCAAAACAACUGGAAUGUUUACAAGAUUUUGGCCCAUGUUCGCCCACCCUCUGCAAAGGUAAGGGGGGGGGGAAAGGGGCAUACAAUGGGAGAGAAGGCAUAGCUCAGUGGUAUGCUUUGUGUGUGUAAGUCCCAUGUUUGAUCCCUGGCAUCUCUAAAUAAAAGGAUUCAUGUAGCAGGCGAUGGGAGAGACCCUUCUCUGACUGAGACCGCGAAGACCUGACCUUCUACGAGGCAGCUUCCUUUGUUUUGGUAUAGACAGGUCUGCAUAUCCUGUUGAGAACUGCUUAGGCAGGCCGUUGUUGUUGUGUACUGAAGUUCUCACCCUGGGCCAGCAGGGGGAUACUGUAGAUAGUUAUGCAAAUAAGGGGUCGAAAGUGACGUUCAGUGAUUGGAUAGUUUUAGAAAAUUGUUACAGUUACGUUGUACUGGAGCCCUGUAUAAGCAGGCUGACUGAACCCUUCAGUUUAGUUCUGUUCUGGCCUGUGAAUAAACAAGAGCUGUUUGAAGAAUCGCUGUGUCGUCUGAUAUGUUCAUCCACAACUUAACAGUUGUAACAUGAGCUAUCUUUCUUUUUAACCAGUCUGUAUUUGUUUAUUGGUGUUUUUCUGCUGAUUUUAUUCUCAUGUGCCUGAAAGACCUACACUGGCUCCCAGUACGUUUCCGGUCACAAUUCAAAGUGUAGGUGCUGACUUUUAAAGCCCUAAACAGCCUUGGCCUAGUAUACCUGAAGGAGCGUCUCCACCCCCAUCAUUCAGCCUGGACACUGAGGUCCAGCUCCGAGGGCCUUCUGGUGGUUCCCUCCCUGUGAGAAGUGAGGUUACAGGGAACCAGGCAGAGGGCCUUCUCGGUGGUGGCACCCGCCCUGUGGAACGCCCUCGUAUCAGAUGUCAAGAAAAUAAACAACUGACUUUUAGAAGACAUCUGAAGGCAGCUCAAGUUUUUAAUUUGAUGUUUUAUUGUAUUUUAAUAUUUUGUUGGAAGCCACCCAGAGUGGCUGGGGAAACCCAGCCAGAUGGGCGGGGUAUAAAUAAUAAAUUACUAUAUUAUUGUUAAUAUUGGAGUACACACACACGCACACACACACAAAUGUAAUUAGAAUUUUUAUAAAUAAAUAAACCAUCCUUGUAAUGGGAGCAAAGCUGCUCUAUGAAAUUUCUGUCCAUGUGACUGGCUCCUUCCAUGGAACCCAGAAUUCCCCAACAGGGUGUGCUUUGAAGCACAUCCAAAACCCUUUCUGACGUCAUCCCCAAUCCUUUUCUUUCUCCGCAGAGCGGCUACAACCUGGCAGUGAUGAACGUAGGUGCACCAGCAGCUGGCAUGAAUGCAGCCGUGAGGUCUACUGUUAGAAUUGGGUUGAUCCACGGCCAUAGGAUGCUGGCUGUGCACGACGGGUUUGAAGGCCUAGCCGAAGGAAAGGUAUUUGUUUGUUUAACUGAGGGAUUAAUACUCUCUUCUAAGAGAGUUCCACAAUUGCCAGUGGCUCAGGAAAGAGCUGCUUUGAGCUAAAGAAACCCUUUCGUCCAUCCUUCCUCUCCAGAUUGAAGAAAUUGGAUGGGGAGGAGUUGGCGGCUGGACUGGGAAAGGUGGAUCGAGUCUUGGAACCAAAAGGUAUUAUGAUGGGGAGAGGUGCAUAGCUGUCAACCGUCCCUUAUUUGGCGGGAAACUCCCUUAUCCCAGUGCCGUGUCCCGCUGCUGUCCCUUAUUGACGAGGGCCCUUAAAUUUCCCGGGUUUCAAAGGAAGCAGCUCCUCUCCCUCCCUCCCUGCCGGCCAGGGAGGAGGGAGGCUCCAACUGUAUUGCUUGGCUGCCCGCCCUGCCCCCCUCCGGCCUCCUCUCACCAGCCUUGGCCCCCGGGAGCCCCUCCCCACCGGGACUGGCGGGAGCCUUGGGCCCUUCUGCUGCCAUCCUCCUCACAGCUGCCGAACUGAGCGUCUCUGCCUGGGGUAGCAUCUUCGUAGCUUGGACUUCGUUUUGUGCGAAAAGUGGUUGCUGCUUGUAGUUAUUUAAUUGCAGUGUUUCAUCAGCUUGAGCAGCAACCUCUGGAAACGAAGGGCUAAAAACCGGCGCUGCUCUCCAAAAUUAUCUGGUCCCUUUUAACUUCAUAUUUCAGGUGGUUGACUAAAAUCCCUUAUUUUGGCUGCUGAUCCCUUAUUUUCGAGGCUGCUGGUCCCUUAUUGUCAAAUCUGUAAGUUGACAGCUAUGGAGAAGUGUCCAUGGACGGAUGUACUCUGUGUUUAAAAUAAACACAGCUGCUAAGAAAAAAUGAAGUGAUAAAAAUAAUAAAAAAAUAAACACAUCUGGCAAACAUAGCUGAGGAAAACUUUUUCCUGUUAUAAAAUUGAAAAAAACACAUGUCCCUUUUAUAGCUUUAAGCAGAGGUGGCUAACUUGUGGCCCUCCUGAUAUUCCUGGAUUCCAACUCCCAAUCAGUAUGGUCACUGGUGAAGGAUGAUGGGAGUUGUAGUUCAGCAAAAAAACAAAAACAAACGUGGAAGGCAACAGGUUAGUCAUCCCUGCCUAAUUUUUUUUACUUUUAGAGUGUGGAAAAGACACUGGAGACAAUUCUCCAUAUUUCUACAGGAGACAUUGUACUCCUGGUUGGAAGAAGACAAGCUCAAGGCAGUGAUUUGUGUAAGAAUGUGCCCAGCAGCCUCCUCUGAGGCUGCUGCCUUUGUAUAUGGGUAGUGUGACUGGAUGCUCCAAUGAUGCUGGAUGCAGAGGCAAAACAGAAUUACCUCAGUCAGCAGAGGCUGAUUGGGAAGAGCAGUGACUCAUGCAGAGAUGCAUCAGGCAGCCUCCCCUGAAGCUGGGAAGUUCUUCUGUGACUGCAUCAGGAAUAUUUGAAAGCUCAUAUCAUAUCCUUUGCUGAAGCACAGCAGAAUUGCCCGUCCCCCUGCAGAGGCUAACUGUCUGAAAACUGAGAGUUACUGGGGAUAAUGGAACUUUCUAUGAGUGAAAUCAAAAGGUACCAUUGCCUGCCUCCCAAGACUUACUGAAUCAGAGCGAUUCCUGAAUUCUCGGGGGUGUUUUUCUAGCUGGCAUGGCCGGUGCUCCUUCCAAAGCCCUUGUCUUGCCAUGGAAAGGUGAGAUAAGUUUGGCUGUUGACAAGAUCCCUCCUACGUGACCUCUUCAUCUGUAGGGAGUCUGAAAGGCUUCUUGAUUCUUUGAGGGGCUCCUGGCAAUUCAGAUGAUGGCUGGGGCAGAGGUGGCACAGAUGACAGAACAAGAGUUUGCCAUCGUGUCUACUAUGUGGUAGUGACGAUGGUGGUGAAGAAAGCUUAUUUCUCUGCUUCCUUUGCAUCCUCAGCGAACCACUCAGCAAAGCAUUUUCCAAGUGGAGAGUGGACUGGCUAAAUCUAACCCAGUCUGAAAGCUGCAGUUGAGGCAGAACGCCACUUGCCAGGUUGUAAUGUGAAGCAGCAAGAUGAGAUUAUAUCGUUUUGAUCCUUAAAACUCUGUUCUGACUGCCUGUUAGCCACUGGGCCCAACCAAAGGCGUUGGCACCUUUGUCCAAAGCCAUAUAAAACUUAGGGCCCAAGGAAUGUAAGGUGUGCCUUCGCCAGUACCUGCUGGCCUAUGCUUUAAGAUGGGCUGGGUUGUGUUAAGAAUAAUCUUGUGCAUAAUAUAAAAAAUACAAAGUGAGACACUAAGGAAAUCCAAAGGGAAAAUAUGAAGAACAGAGGUUCUGACGAAUGGAUUAUUAAAAACGCGUGAGGUAAACGGUGGAAGUCUUUUUUUAAAAAAACACACACACUUUAUUUAAGGUAGAUAAGGACAAGAUGAAAUUAUACAAUUGAAUAUAAAUAUAGAUGGGAAACGGCUAUGUAUUGUGAGUACUUAUCUACUUUCACCUAUGAUCUUUUUCUUUUACUUUUUCUUUUUUCGUUGUUCUUUUUUUCUUUUUUCUGAUAUCUUUCAUUUCACUGCUUUAUUGUGAAUAGCAUUUUAUAGAGGUAUAAAUAAGUGUAAAUAUGAAAAGAGACAAAAUAUUCUCUAAUUUUUUUCCUUGGUUAGAUGUAUUUUCUUUUUCUUUUGUAUUUUCUUUUGUUGUGAAUAUGUAUGUUUUCUAAUUUGUACUUAAUAAAAAUAUUUAAAAUUAAAACAAAACACAAAAAAACAAAAAAACAAAAGAUUGGCUGGGGUAGUCCUGUCAAUGGUAGUGAUGGUGGGGACAAGAGGCAGGGCCUUCUCAGUGGCAGCCCUCAUCUGUGGAACUCCCUGCAUUUGCUUUUCCAUCACAUCAACAACAUUCAGGCACAAUUUUUUUAAAAAAGCAUUUAUUCAGCCAGGCAUUUGGAAUCUUAACUGAACUGGGACCCGUUAGUCAAAGUUGUAUUAGCCGCUGUAUUAUGUUUUAGUUGUUGGCGUGGAUUUUGUUAAUUACUGCUUUAUAAUACCUGCAUUUUUUGCUUGAUGUUAACCAUCUGAAUGAAUAAGAGAUUAAACAAAAACAGAGUGCUGAUUCUUCUUCUUCAAUGACAGGACUCUACCUAAGAAGUACUUUGAGCAAAUCAGCAACAACAUCGCCAGUUUUAACAUCCAUGGGCUAAUCAUAAUUGGUGGCUUUGAGGUAGGUCUCUGGCACGCCUUAGGCUCUUUAGAGCACAAGAUCUAUAACAGAAGUGAAGCACUGUUGAAAGGAUUAACAGACUGGUGAAUGAGUAUGUCAGUUUUCACAUUCCACAGAACAUUCCUACAGACACAAUAUAACAGUCAUUGACAGUGGACUGGAAGAGGCACUCUCUGUCCAACAACCAAAUCCUAAGAUAGUCAGGUUAUGGCUGGGAUGGAGAACUGCCCAGAUGUUGCUGGACUCCCAACUCCCAUUGGCCACAGGUAGCAUGGUCAUUGGCCAGGGAUGAUGGGAGAUACAGUCCAACCAGUGGCGGAGGAACCCUCUCCAGCACCCGGGGUGGGAUGAACCGCCCAGUGGCGCACAUGUGACGUCUGUACGGAACUGUAUAUGCACAGCAUCCCAUACGGACUGUGCACACUGCCCGUACAGACUGCACAUGCGCGGCAACCCGUACAGACUGCACAUGCGCAGCAGCCCAUAUGGUCGCUGUGUGAGAGCAGCAGCCUGUAUGGUCGCCGUGCUAGAGGGGUGCCCAUACUGACUGUGCGUACCCUCAGCCGCUCUACAGCUAGGGGUAGGCAGGGGCCAUCUUGUCACACCCCCCCCAGAGUGGCAACCCAGGACAGCCCGCCCCCUCCACCCCCCAGUUCGUACACCCCUGAGUCCAACAACAUCUGGAGGGCCACAGUUUCCUCAACUUAAUAAUGGAGGCUUUCUUCUUUCCCCUUUACGUAGGCUUUCACCGGCAGCCUGGAGUUGAUUGAAGGCCGAGCCAAGUUCGAAGAGCUCUGUAUCCCACUCUGUGUUAUUCCUGCCACCGUCUCCAACAACGUUCCUGGCUCUGACUUCAGCAUUGGUGCAGACACAGCCCUCAACACCAUCACAUCAGUAAGGCAUUCAUUGGCUUCCAAGCUCAAUGAAUUUCAAUACAUGCAGGGCCAGGUGGGGUGUGGCAGCUGCCUAACAUAGUGUUUUGUGGUGCAACAGCAUAGGAAGCUGCCUUAUAACUGAGUCAGAUCAUUGGUCCAUCUAGUUUACUACUGUCAAAACUGGCUGGCAGUGGCUCUCCAGGAGCAGAAAUACACUGUGCGAAUUUGGAGGAUUUUGAUAGUCUGCUGAGAUCAGCUUUUCGUGAUGCAGAAUUUGGUUGUUAUUCCUUCGGCGUCUCUGAUUAAAAGACAUGCCCGCCUGAUAAAACCCUGGAUAGGUGCUGCCAGCCACAGUAGACGGUCCAAUGGUCAAAUUUGGUAUUUGGCAGUGUUAUGUCUUCAGAAGCAAUGGGGAGGAGCCGUAGCUCAUUGGCAGUGUGUGUGCUUGGCUUGCCAAAGAUUCUAGGUUGGUCCCUGCCACGUUCAGCUCAGAGGAUAUUGGGCGAUGGGGAAGACCCCUUCUUUGCCACGAAAUCUUAGGAGGGCAGAUAUCAGUCGAGAGAAGGCAGUAUGUCUGACUCAGUCCGAGACAGUUGUUGUACAUUUUUAUAUCUUCUUUUAGGGAUGUGGGUGGCGCUAUGAUCUAAACCACAGAGCCUAGGGCUUGCCGAUCGGAAGGUCGGCGGUUCAAAUCCCUGCGACGGGGUGAGCUCCCGUUGUUCGGUCCCAGCUCCUGCCCACCUAGCAGUUUGAAAGCACAUCAAAGUGCAAGUAGAUAAAUAGGUACCGCUUCGGCGGGAAGGUAAACGGCGUUUUCGUGUGCCGCUCUGGUUCGCCAGAAGCAGCUUAAUCAUGCUGGCCACAUGACCCGGAAGCUGUCUGUGGACAAACGCUGGCUCCCUUGGCCUAUAGAGCGAGGGAGCGCAACCCCCGAGUCAUCUGCCUCUGGACCUAACGGUCAGGGGUCCCUUUACCUUUUACCUUCUUUUAACUUGCAAACAUGAGAGUUGCCAAAAAGUUAUACAGAGAACUUGCCCCAUUCUGUCUUUCUGAGCAGGAUGCCAUUUGUUUGUUUAAUUCCCUAGACUUGUGACCGUAUCAAACAGUCUGCAGCUGGCACCAAGAGGCGGGUGUUCAUCAUUGAGACCAUGGGAGGAUAUUGCGGCUACCUGGCUACCAUGGCGGGACUGGCUGCUGGCGCGGAUGCAGCCUAUAUUUAUGAAGAUCCUUUCACCAUCCAUGACUUGGAAGUGAGAACCGUUUGCAGAGGCCAGAGGGGGUUGUUUCCUUUUUGAAAGCUCCUGGGAGAGCAGUAUAGUCUAGAUUGACUUCCUCUCUCCACUCUUAGCAGCCUCUGCUGUAAAUUCCUGAAUAGUCAUUCCAAAACUGUGUGCUGGGGCAACACCAGUAUGCUGUGAGAGGACUGCUUGUGUGCCAUGAAAAUAAAUUAGAGGAGCAUUUCUGCAAGAGCAUUCCUGCCUUCACUGGAAGCAGGUAAUUCUGUCUAGUCUCUGCUUUGGAUGUGACUGGGGUGUUGAAUCGCUCCCAAGAAGAAGAGCACAGCAGAAUUGCCUCUUACAAUCGCUUCCAAUUCAGACUCAUUAACAGAAUUGCCUGCCUACAGAAAAGGCUGCCUGUUGUAUCUCUGCAUGAGUCGCUUCUUUAGGCUUGCUCCGAAGGCAAUGACUCAUGCCUAAACAUAGCGGCUAAUCUUCUUUAAGAAUGGGCAGUUCCUACUCUUGCAUACUCUAAAAGCCAAUGUUUUCAGAGGCAAGAGUGAAAAUACGUACCGUAUUUUUUGCUCUAUAAGACUCACUUUUCCCCUCCUAAAAAGUAAGGGGAAAUGUGUGUGCGUCUUAUGGAGUGAAUGCAGGCUGCGCAGCUAUCCCAGAAGCCAGAACAGCAAGAGGGAUUGCUGCUUUCGCUGCGCAGCGAUCCCUCUUGCUGUUCUGGCUUCUGAGAUUCAGAAUAUUUUUUUUCUUUUUUCCUCCUCCAAAAACUAGGUGCAUCUUAUGGUCUGGUGCGUCUUAUAGAGCGAAAAAUAAGGUACCUAUAGUUCUCAUUCAGGAGGAAAGUGAGCCUCAGGCAUCUCACAGUGUAACACUUUGCAACUGUAUGUGCAGAUGACAACCGUGUGAAGUCACUAAUGUGAAUAGUUUUGGGCCUGCAGUUUGACUUUAUUAAGUGGGUUAAUCUUACUCCUUUCAUAUUCACAAUCCAAAACAUGAUGUCAUAGGCUUUAGUGCAAAGUUUGCAUAUCCUAUCUUCACACAGGAAAGGCUUUCCAGGAAUACUCCAUUAUAGAAAAUAAGUCUUGACUGUAUGAUGAUGGGGACUUGGCAGCAAAAGCUAUGAUAGCUGGGAGAUGUGCUCACAUGUAGUUUCAGAGACGGAAAGUGAAACCAUGAUUCUCUCUUUGGUAUACAGAUGAAUGUGGAGCAUCUGACUGAGAAAAUGAAGACCACAGUGAAGAGAGGUCUCAUAUUGAGGUAUCUGACUAGGCUUAGCCAUCAAAAAGCUGGGGAUUGGAUGCUCAGAAGUGGUUUCCAUUAGCUAAAAAGAGUGAAGAUGGGCAAUACCAUUGUGGGAGUGGUGGAAGCAGUUUUCUUCUUCUUUUAAGCUUUAACCAUGUAUGCUUAUAACUUUCUAUUCUGAGCUGGGUUCUAAAACAUCAUUGGUUCUGCAGCUUUUCAGCAUGGUGCAUUUUGAAAGGGGAACAUUUAGAUAAGGAAACAAUUGUUUUUCCAGAGUUUCCAGUAUGUUUUCCAGGCACUCAUUGCAAAAAAGAAGAAGACUGAUUUGGGGGAGGAAAUGCAUUUGUUGCUCCAAGCCAGCUUUAAGUGCACAAUCUGAAUGUGCCAAUAUGUGGUUUAAUCCCAUAUAUACCGUAUUUUUCGUCCCAUAGGACACACUUUCCCCCCUCCAAAAAUGAAGGGGAAAUGUGUGUGCGUCCUAUGGGGCGAAUGCAGGCUUUCACUGAAGCCUGGAGAGCGAGAGGGGUUGGUGCGCACCGACCCCUCUCGCUCUCCAGACUUCGCGCAGCUCUCCGCAAGACGCGGGAGCCCUGCGCUGGGCUCCCACGGCUUGCGGAGACUUGCCUGUUCUGGGGGCUGGGGUCGGGAAUAAUUUUUUUCCCCUUUAUUUCCCCCCCAAACAACUAGGUGCGCCUUAUGGGACAGUGCGUCCUAUAAGGCAAAAAAUACGGUAUACACACACACACAAACACACAUAUAUACAUACCGGUGUAUAUAUAUAAUAUACCUGUACCCCACCCAUCAUCUAUGCUGUCUGUGGUGGAGUAAAUAGGGCUCAUUUUGUUUUAUCCUCACAACUUAACCUUUGAAGUACGUGAUGCUGAGAGAAAUUUGCCCAAGAGUGGUGUGGAACUUCAUGGCAAAGUAGAGGAAUUUGCACCUGGGUCUCCCACCACUGCCAGGACCACACUGACCUUCGCUUAUACUAGAAGAGAAAGCAGGCUAUGGUCAGAAUAAAAUUAUGGUGGGCAGAGGCAGUUUAUUAUGGAGCAAUAAUGCAUUUCCAGUAUAAACAGGUUGCAGAACAAGGGAAAUAUUUAGUUAAGCUGUAGGGCCCACUAGCCAAUCAGACAAAUGGAUGUGAAUCCUGGGUCUACAUUCAUAUAAAAUACAGAAAAAAUCUACACACACACACACACACACACACACACACACACACACACAGCGUCCCUCCACCCAGUCAGCCAAGCAAGAGGCAUUAUCACAGUACAAUGACACAUUCCAACCAGGCAAAAGUAGUUGAGGAGAGCUCAACUCACCUGAGGCUUUCCACCCGCUCUUAGCACAGUGUUCUAACAUUUCAUCUCUUUUCUUUUAAAGCUAGUUCUUAAUCAGUGUAGCCCUGUCUUCCUGCCUCAUCCAUGCUGGGUAUGUUCUCUCUUUCUAGGAAUGAAAAGUGCAAUGAGCACUAUAACACCGAGUUCAUAUACAACUUGUAUUCUGAGGAAGGGAAAGGCGUCUUUGACACCAGGAAGAACGUCUUGGGACACAUGCAGCAGGUAUGUCUGGAGCCUGGCUAUACUGCUACAGCUGCUCAAGCAAAUAAUACUGCUUUUAGUUCCACAAAUGCAGAGAAGUAGAACUCCGGCUGAAGACAGAAAUAGACCCAAAGGACUGGUUCCAUCUAGAGGCCUCCAGUUGACCCACACUGUGUAAUGUUUUGUUCCGAAGGGAAAACACACAGACACAACACACACACAGAGAAUUCUGUCUCUCAAGCGCUCUUACAAGGCCUCCCUACCAGCAUCAGAGGUGGAGAAAUGCUACUUUUUUUACUCUUCAUAGAAAGAUGGCCAUCUGUCAUGGAUGCUUUAGCUGCAUUGCAGGGGGUUGGACUAGAUGACCCUUGGGUCCCUCCCAAUUCUAUGAUUCUAUAAUAAAAGGGGGAGUUUCCAGGACCUCUCUCCAGCACUGGGGCAGUGGGAAAUGCUGUCUCUUACCCUUUACCUGUGAAGAGCAGACAGAGGGAUUUAUGUCCUGAUCACAGUAUGGACAGAAAUUUUACCAGCAGGUUUCAAGUGCUGAGCACCAGGCUGCUGAGAUUGGAAGAUAAACCUGGAGCGGUUGGUGGGCCACUUGCUCUGCCAGGCUAUACAAGGCCCAUAGCCACUCCCGCUGCAAUUGAUCUUCCAUUUGGAGGCUUUUAAGCCACAGAGCCUAGAACUUGCUGAUCAGAAGGUUGGCGGUUUGAAUCCCCGCGACGGGGUGAGCUCCCGUUGCUCGGUCCCUGCUCCUGCCAACCUAGCAGUUUGAAAGCACAUCAAAGUGCAAGUAGAUAGGGAAUGAUCUGCCAAAAAAGCUGAAAAACUUCUUCAUGUAUGCGACAACGGCCGCGAGAGUUUUAAUAGCACAAGGAUGGAAGACUGAAGAAACCCCAACUAAAGAAUCAUGUCAAGAAAAAUUGAUGGACUAUGCAGAACUGGCAAAACUGACCUACAAGCUACAGGACAAGGAUAACUGUGACUUUAAAGAUGAAUGGGAAUCCUUUACAAAGUAUUUGAAGACACAACAAAAUGAACUGGACUCCUUGGCUGGCUUUGAAUAAACAUUCACAAAAUUUUUAUUGAUAAUAAUCAGCUAAAUAGUUUGAGGAUCUAUACAACUGUGUAACAUGCAGAAAACAGCAUUUUUAGAGAAAUCAAAGACUAGAACUGAGGGAAGUCAGGGGUGGGUGGCUUCUGUGGGGGGAGGGAGGAAAAAUGGGGGGGGGAAAUAAGGAUGAUAUGUUUCUGGAUAUGUUUUGUUUUAAUUUUGAAUAAAAAAGUUAUUAUUUUUAAAAAGUGCAAGUAGAUAAAUAGGUACCGCUCCAGCGGGAAGGUAAACGGCGUUUCCGUGUGCUGUUCUGGUUCGCCAGAAGCGGCUUAGUCAUGCUGGACACAUGACUCGGAAGCUGUACACCGGCUCCCUCGGCCGAUAAAGCGAGAUGAGCGCCGCAACCCCAGAGUCGGCCACGACUGGACCUAAUGGUCAGGGGUCCCUUUACCUUUACAGCAAUUCCUGCAACUAUGCUUCUCAAUGACAAUCAAGCUGACUUUCCCUUUACCCAUCACAGGGUGGCUCACCAACUCCGUUUGACAGAAACUUUGGAACGAAAAUGGGUGCUAAAGCGGUGGCAUGGAUGUCCGGCAAGAUUAAAGAGUGUUCCAGGCAUGGUAUGUGGAUGCUUUUGACUGGGUAGCCUGUUACACCAGGGGGUUAACUAUGGCUGCUGGAGAAUGAGGGAUAGGAAAGAGAGAGAACAGAAUCCAGAUGUUUCUGCCUGCUGCAUCAUGCCAUUAAUGAAUUUGGAAAGAGGCAUCGCCCUCUAAAACUGCAUAGCCUACUUGUGCUAUCAAAACCAGCUCCGUAUUGUCCACGGGUCACUGAUAGGUUGUGCUCUCUAGGGUUUUAGAUGGAUCUUUCCAACGGGGAUCAACCAGAGAUUAAAUCUGGGAUAUUUUUCAUGUGAAGCAGGUGCACAACCACUACAGCCCUGCUUACAACUCCCUUGCUCCUGUUUUCAGGUGACUAUGAGGGAGCCUUUGUAACUAUACAGUGGUACCUCGGGUUAAGAACUUAAUUCGUUCUGGAGGUCCGUCCUUAACCUGAAACUAAUCUUAACCUGAAGCACCACUUUAGCUAAUGGGGCCUCCCGCUGCCCCGCUGUGCAGAUUCUCAUCCUGAAGCAAAGUUCUUAACAUUUCUGGGUUAGCGGAGUCUGUUACCUGAAGCGUCUGUAACCUGAGGUACCACUGUACUUUAUAGAGUUGUGUAGAAGUUGCCCCGGGCUGUUUGGCCCUUUUAAUAGCUCUCUUUUUUCCCCCUUAGAAAAACCACGCAACACUUGCUUUAAAGUUUAAAAAUAACAUGGCUUUGACUUGCUGUACUUGCUCUUGUCGGAUUGAAUGUACCAGAGAGGUAGUUGAUACUUACGUUACUGAAACAGAUUUACCGUAUUUUUUGCACCAUAACACUCACUUUUUUCCUCCUAAAAAGUAAGUGGAAAUGUCUGUGCGUGUUAUGGAGGGAAUGCCUACGGAUGGCAUUAUGGAGGGUGGCAUGCCUACGGAUUUUCCUCCUCUAAAAACGACGUGCGUGUUAUGGUCGGGUGCGUGUUAUAGAGCGAAAAAUAUGGUACAGUGGUGCCUCGCAAGACGAAAAGAAUCCGUUCCGUGAGUCUCUUCGUCUUGCCGUUUUUUCGUCUUGCGAAGCAAGCCCAUUAGCGGUUUAGCGGAUUAGCGCUAUUAGCGGCUUAGCGGGCUUAGCGGAUCAGCUGAUAAGCGGCUUAGUGGCUUAACGGAUCAGCUGUUAAGCGGCUUAGCGGAUCAGCUGAUAAGCGGCUUAGUGGCUUAACGGAUCAGCUGUUAAGCGGCUUAGCGGAUCAGCUGUUAAGCGGCUUAGCAGCUUAGCGGAUCAGCUGAUAAGCGGCUUAGCGGCUUGGGAAAAAGGGGGGGGAGGAAAAAAAACCCGCAGGAACUCGCAAGACAUUUUCGUCUUGCGAAGCAAGCCCAUAGGAAAUUCGUUUUGCGAAGCACCUCCAAAGCGGAACACCCUUUCGUCUAGCGGGUUUUCCGUCUUGCGAGGCAUUCGUCUUGCGGGGCACCACUGUACAUGAAUUCAUAUCCGAGACUGACUGAUAUUUACAGACUGGCUCUGAGGCAGGCAGCACCAUAACACAACACACUUGCUGCUCUCACAGCUAAAGCUCCACAUACAGUGAUAACUGAACAAACUGGGGGGAAACUGCCUCAGUAUAUAUAUUUAUGACAUCACAAGAUUCUAUGCUACAGCAUUAACCCUCUGCAUAGUAUUUUGGAUGCAGCAGUCCCACACCUUUGGCGCUGCCUGUUUUGGGGAAUUGCCAAUUCUGGCCUCAGUUACAUUUUUAGUUUUGUGCCACUGGGGAAGUGGUAAUUCUGUAUUGAUUUGUUUUUGAUGUUUGUAUGUGAUGCCAACAAAAGGUUUGAUGAUGAUGAGUUACAUUUUUAAUGUUCACCUAAUGCACUGUAUUGUGUUUCAUUAUUGGCGGGUUUUUUGUUUGUUUGGUUGAUUUUGUAAGCCAAUCUUGAAGACCCAUUGGCUAAACUGUAUUUUAAUGGAUGGUGAUAUCAGUUACAGAAUGGGCAGCAAGGGAGAGGGAGCUGUGGUCACCCAUCAGGACCUGUGUGUACAGAUUUUACCAGUUAACGCUUUCUUCACAUACACAAAAGUCCUUCCUGAUAAUUAACCAAUUCAUAUUUUCUAAUUAAUAUUAAAAUAAGAGCAACUGGGGGGAAAAUGGUGCCUUCUAGGACUGUAAUAACUUAUUACCUAGUAUUCAUUGUAUAUGGAGUAUAUAGCAUUGUAUAUAAUAUUCACUGGAUAUUCAUUGGAUAUAUAUUCAGAAUGUAUAUGGGCCGAGUUCAUUAUUUUCUUUAUUAUCCCUUUAGAUUCCCUUCAACAACAGAGGUUCUCAGGGUGGUUUAUGAAUACUAUUAAAAGCGCAGUAAGUGGGUGAUAGCCAACGUUCAUCAUACUCAGAGAAGACCUACUGCAAUGAAUGAACUUAAAUAACUUAGGCCUAUUGAGUUCAGUUGAUCUAUUCUGAGCAUGGUUUCAGCUUGCUAUCACCCAUUGUGGCAUUGAUAAAAAUACAAACAAAAUAAAACAGUAAACAAUCAUCAGUAUUUUUAAAAAAACUUAAACAGAAUAAAUUCAGCAGUGAUAACUAAUACAUCACCCCGAACACUCUGGUGUUUUGCCCUAUACUCUUGCUAUACUGCAUAUCUGCUCACAAGCAUGGAUUUUGACAUAGUAUGUUAAGAUCUCUCCUGACAUGAUACUCUAUUAUGUUCUUUAAAAUUUGAUGAAUUCACAUUUCUUCUUAAUCUUCUCAUCUCACACAGUUGAACCAUUCCCAAAUAGUAGCAAUCCUACAUGCAUCCUAAUACUUGGGGAAAUCUGGCAAAUUCACUCUGAACUUUUCCCAGGGCUACAUAAUACAUUAAAAGCAAAUUGUGGGGGAGGGGUGUGUGUGCCCCCCCCCAUAUAAAACCAGUACUGUACAGAUUGUGCCACCAUUUUAAUUUUAUUGUCAAUUGCUCACCACCCUAAGAAAUUACGUUCAAGAGUAGUCAAGGAUUAUUAUGAUUAACGGAAGGUUCUGCAUUUUAACUGUAGACAAAGGGUUGACUUUAACUUGUAACUUACUAUAUAACUUGUUGUGGACUUUUCUCCACCAAUCUCUUUCACAUGAACAGGCAUAAAUGCACUCAGAUAUUAAAUUCCAGAAGAUUUCCUUGAGAGUAUUAUUACUGCUUUGCUGAACUAUUUAUUCAUGUUUAGUCUGCAUUUCAGAAUAAAAUCUUUCCAGGGUAUCUAAGAAUAUUAAGCAAUAAAAAUGCUUAAUAUUUUCCAGAUAAUGAAUUUGAUGAGCAUUUCCCACGAUUUCUUUUUUCAGGUCGUAUCUUUGCCAACAGCCCUGAUUCAGCUUGCCUCCUGGGCAUGCGCAGACGGGCCCUUGUAUUCCAGCCCCUCUCCGAACUCAAAGAGCAGACUGAUUUUGAGUAAGUGUCUCCUCUGUCUUGUAAACUCAAGUAAGUGAGGCUUCUGCAGUCAGGGUAAUCUGCAAUCCACAAUAUACCGUAUUUUUCGCUCUAUAAGACGCACCAGACCACAAGACGCACCUAGUUUUUGGAGGAGGAAAACAAGAAAAAAAAAAUUCUGAAUCUCAGAAGCCAGAGCAGCAAGAGGGAUCGCUGAGCAGUGAAAGCAGCAAUCCCUCUUGCUGUUCUGGCUUCUAGCCUGGAGAAGAGGAGGUUAAGGGGUGAUAUGAUAGCCAUGUUCAAAUAUAUAAAAGGAUGUCACAUAGAGGAGGGAGAAAGGUUGUUUUCUGCUGCUCCAGAGAAGCGGACACGGAGCAAUGGAUCCAAACUACAAGAAAGAAGAUUCCACCUAAACAUUAGGAAGAACUUCCUGACAGUAAGAGCUGUUCGACAGUGGAAUUUGCUGCCAAGGAGUGUGGUGGAGUCUCCUUCUUUGGAGGUCUUUAAGCAGAGGCUUGACAACCAUAUGUCAGGAGUGCUCUGAUGGUGUUCCUGCUUGGCAGGGGGUUGGACUCGAUGGCCCUUGUGGUCUCUUCCAACUCUAUGAUUCUAUGAUUCUAUGGGAUAGCUGCGCAGCCUGCAUUUGCUCCGUAAGACGCACACACAUUUCCCCUUACUUUUUAGGAGGGAAAAAGUGAGUCUUAUAGAGCAAAAAAAAUACGGUAUCUGUUAGAAGUCCAAGAACCUCACUAAAAAUAAUUAUGCAGAAGUGGUUGCUAAAGACUCCCCAAGGCUGAGCCUUUUUGCAAAGUGAGCGAUUGUGCCAUGGAAUCAAUUGUGCUCCAGGGCUUUCCAUAGGCUUCCGAUGCUGGAUUACAAUGGGCCUUUGAACUGCUCCAACAAGGCUCUUCUGAUAUUCUUAGGUGUGUCCUGAAACGCUCAUGAUCUCUCUCUUCCAACAGGCACCGCAUCCCCAGAACACAGUGGUGGCUGAAGCUUCGUCCCAUCUUGAAGAUUCUUGCCAAGUACAAGAUUGAGUUGGAUACCUCCGAGACAGCUCAAAUAGAACAUAUCACUCGCAAGAGAGUAUCCGGAGAAGGCGCUCUGUGA